AUCCCUUAUCCCCGAGAUUUUCUCGUAAAUGCGGUUAAAAGUUUAUAACCCUCGAAAAAUCGAAUUACAAAAAAAAAAAAAAUUACGAUCCAGGCGGAGUUUCUUUAUACUUACGUACAGUGUGGAAACGAGAACGGUAUAAUUUUAUUGUUGAACGUCGAACGUGGUUCAAAAACGUCGGUCGCUACGCACUUGACGGCGACACCGAACAGUUAGUUACGUUUACGUCACGACCAGCGGCGGACUAUUCGACUACACCUAACGUUAUUGUAUACGUAAUAAUUGUACACUAUUGUAAAUGUGGGUACAUUCGAAAUAAUAAUAUUAGGUAUAUACGAGUUAAGUAGGUACCUAUCUCGUCCAAGUCGGGCCUUUGCGCCGAAAAAAAAACACGCGAAUAUCUCGUUCCGUUCUCUGGGGCUCGUCGGAAAAAUCGGUGACGACGACGACGACGACGAGCGAACAAUUUCGUAUUCGUAUCGAGUUCGCAAACAAAACGCGUAAACAAACUUGAUAUAAAUACACACAAGUACAAUAUCCGGUUGAGACGUUUUUUUACUGCACGUCUGCGAAUAAAUAUACCUACCUACCUACCUAUCGGAAAAUUGAGGUAAAUUUUUAAAAUAAUUAUAAUAAGAACAUUUACUGAAUAUCUAUUAUUUAAAUUUGUAAUAUAAUGUAAAAUAAAUAAUGGAAUGUAAAAAUGAUUUCGCGUAAAAUAACAGUGGUCUUGGCUGGUGGAGUUUUUCAUAAUCGCCGCCAUAAAAAAUAUCAACAAUAUUUGUUGAUCAUUGUGUACUCAUAUUUUUAUUAUCACUAGUCAAUAGUCGUACUCAUUAACAUAUAUACGUCAUUAGGUUUUCUUGUCGUAUUAGACAAGAAUAUUGAAGAUAAUAAUAAUAUUGUUAUUAUUUUUUAUUGUCCGUCUUGGCGCACGUGCGGCCAGUUUUUUAACAAUACUUUUUGUUGCACACCAAAAUUCAAUACAUUCGCGUUUGUUUCUUUUUUCCUCAUCAGUGCAAGUAUCUAAGUAAAUACAGCGUUCUUAUCGUCUACACUAUACACGUAACUAGCUACAACACUGACGACUUUGUUUUGCUGUCCAAAUGAAUACAAUAAUCUAAUACGUACAUACAUUGAUAUUAUGGUACCUACUCGGCCAUUGUGAAGGUAAAUUAUUUUGACAAGAUGAAUUUUAAUACAAAAAAAAAAAAAACUUUGAAUUAGAAAAAAUUAUAAUUAGUAUAAUGUAUAAAUAAUUCAAAUAUUUUAUUUUUCAUUUGAUAGAAAUUUAAUUGUAUAAUAUUUAAUAAGAAAAAAUUAAUAAUAAGUACCUUGGUAUCCAAUACUAAUUGUAUAAAAAAAAAAAUAAUAUUACCUAGGUAUCAAAUAUAAAUAAACAAAAAGAAUUAGGUACCUAUACAAUAAUAGUUUGUGAUCUUGAUAAUGAAAAUAGCAUUGUUUUAAAUGUAUUUAAUACACAUUUGGCAGCAACUUCUUUGGCCAUAUCAAUAGUUAAAGCACGUCCAACAGUAAUAGUAAUUGGUAUAGUGUUUACUUGUAAAAUCAUAAUGUAUUCUUCAUUUUGGCUGGUACAAUCAUAAACAUCUGUUGAAACACAGUUAUAUAAAUAUUAGUUUUUAGUAACUCUUAUAUCUUAAUUGAAUAUAGUUAAUAUAAUAGGUACCUUUUUGUGGUUGAAAAACUGAUUUCACGUGUACAUAAAUCGCUUGAAAACCUAAUGCCUCACAUAAAGUUUGCAAUUUAUAAACAUCAGAUCUCGAAUCUGAAUUAUAUUGUUCAACAGACUGUUCAAGUUGAUGUAUAUUCUGUGGAAUUUCUUGUUGCGUCUUAUCCUUCAAAUUUAUAAUGAACAAUUAAUAAUAGGUAGUUAUUUAAGUAGAUGUACCUAAAUGUUAUUUCAAUAUUUUGAUACAUACAUCAAAAAAUGAACAUAAAUUUGACCAUUCCAUUAUACUACUAUUUACUAUUGCGGUUUUAAAGUAUAGUCCCAUAAUGUGUACGGCGUCCCACGAUUUCUUAUUUUCCUCUUGCAUAAUAGUAUAAUUACUAUUUUUCAAACAGUCCUGGAAAAUAUUUUCGGUUUAUUAGAUUUAAAUAAAUUAAUAAAUAAAUUGAAAUCAUAAUACAUUAUCAUGUGACAAUAUUUGGUGUUCCAUAUUUAAUUCUUGAAAUUCGGUUACGCUCAUGCCAUGAAUCUGAUUAAACAUCAUAUGUGCAGCCAUACGUUUUGCAUUUUUUUGCUUAUUUGCAGUUCCUAAAGAAGAAAAAGUAAUGAAUACUUUAAUUUUCUUAAAAUAAUAAACUUUUUUUUUAUUGCAUUAAAAUAAUUACACUUAUAAUAUUAUAUGGUAUACAAAAUUAAAGGAACAUAAUUAUUUUACACAUCAGAAGUGAAACUUAAAUUACAUAAAACAUAUUGAUAUAUGUACACCAAUUAGAAAACAAAUUUGUUAAUUAAUCAUAAAUUAAUAGUAUAAACAAUUUAUUUAUUAGCUUGAUCAUGAAAACAGUUUUUGGAUUACUAAAUUGAUAUUUUUAGCAUGAUAAUCAUUUAUAUCAAAAUAUUACAAACACUACACAAAUCUAAUAUGCAAUAUCAACAAUAUUAAUAGUCACCAUGGUACCGUAGUAACCCAUUCACUACUCGAAAACAAUUAUAUUAUUUCAUUAUGUGCAUGAAAAUGUAUGAAAAAAAAAAUGAAAUAUAAAAAAGUUUCACUUCAAUAAAAUAUGUACAGAUAAAAUAUUUCAUAAAUGACUGUUCUUAUAGUAAAAUUAUUUUUUCAUCAAAUAAAUAGUUUGAAUUAUUGAGAUUUAAAUUAUUAAGUAGGUGUACCUGUUGUUUGUAAAUGAAAUAAUUGACAAGUGACUAUGUAAGAUACAACUUUACGAUUUGUAUUUUUCAAAGGCUCUGAUAUUUUUUGAAAAUUAUAGAUAGGAGAUGCCCAUUUAUGCUUUAUACAUAACUCCUGUAAGGCCCCUACAGGAUUCAUUUCACAAUGACUAAUUUUUACAUCUUCAUAAUUUUUCGAAUAUUGCCUAAAAAUUGCACUUAUCAAAUUAUACAUAUAUUUUAUUAGCUAUAAGUAUAUAGCUUUAUAAAUUAAAAUUACAUUUCGUUAUCACCCAUAUCUGAAUCUGCUAUUUGUGAUCCUUCAGUGCUGGUUAAAUUUUCUGUAUUAUUUUCAUUUAUUUCAAAGUUAUCAAUUACAGUAGUAGAUGUUAUAUUUUUAUCGCUGUUGGUUAAUGAGUCUUCUUCAAAAAUCAUUUUCAAAAUUUCAGCCGCGGCUUCUUGUUUCGCUUCCUUUUUUGAGAGUCCUUCUCCUUUGGCUAUCUCAGUAAUAAAAACAAUUUUUAUUUAAUUGAUUUACACCAUAUAAAUGAUUAUUAAAAUACUUACCUUUUUUAUUAAGUACUUGACACAUAAAUGUAAAUAUUGGUUUAUGUGCAAAUCCACUUAUAGCUAAAGGAACAUAAGACACCACAAUUUUUUUUUGUACACCAUUAGUUCCACGCAUUGCCCAUUCAUUUAAUACAGAUAUAGGUGUUUUUUUUUGUUGUUUUUUAGUAUUAUUUGUAUGUUGAUUCAUAUGGUCACUCAAGUUAUUAUCUUUAUUUUCAAAAAAAUAAUCUAAACAAAAUAUACUACAUAUAAUGAUUAUUUAAUAGAAAUAAUAAAUCUGCAUAAGUUAUUCUCAUUUUUAGAUAGGUAUAUUGUAUGAAAAUAAAUUUACUACGUUUUGCUGAUAUUUCCAUUGAUUUUGAGUGAUACUUAUUAUUAUAAUAAUCUUCAGUUCGGUUAUUAAAAUCAUCUAUAGUAAUUUCUUUACGUUUAAAGUUCUUAUAUUUAUAUUUAUUGAUUGUUGAUUGUUCUUUAUUUUUAUUAUAUUGCUGAGACAAUUUAUUAAAUUCCUAUACAUAAAUUGAUAAAAUUAUAUUAAUUUAGAUUCUAGCAUGCAAAACUUUAUUGGACUUUCUUUUUAUCCAAUUUAAAUUUUGUAUUUUGCAAAUAAUUUAUUAUACAAAUUAUAUAAAAGCAAAACUAUUAAUACAUUAAUAGGAUACAAAAUAAGUUAUAAACAUGGUGAAUUUUUAUCAAACCUUCUUUUAAAAAAUAUUACACAAUUAACUCUCCUGCAAAUUGUUUAAUGAAUGGACUAAUAAAUUAGAUUAUGUUUAACAAUCUUUAUUAGAUCUAUGAAAAAUUACAUAUAUUUUAUAUAUCUACUAUGUCUAUCUACUAUUAUAUCUUAGUAUUGUAUUUUCUAAUAUGAUUAUAUAGUAUAUCAAAUAAAUGUAAUUUUUAUUUGUUUUUAUAUUACUACUUUACAACACUUACCCAACUUAGUAAUAGAACUUUUUGAAUAGAUUAUUACUAACAAAAUUUUAAGAUUGGUAUUCUACUGGAAAUUAUUUCAUAAAAUAGCCAGUGAUUGGAAAAUAAACUGGAAAGUUCUAUAUGAUCACUAAAUGCUUACAAUAAAUAAACAAUGGAAAACCUUUUGUCACUUUUAAAUAUAUAACAGAUUAUAUUAUAUUAGGUAUAGAUUAUUCUUUAAGUUUUGCAAACACGUAUGUAUUUUACUAUACAUACUUGUAAUAUAGUAAAUAUAUAUUUUUUUGUUUUAAAAAAAAAGUAUCAAUAUUUAUAAAGUACUUAUUAGUUAUUUGAUAAUAAUGUAAUGAUAUAUACAAUAUGGUAUAUACAAUAAUAAAGUAGAAUUUAAAUUUGAUUCCAGAUUGAUAAAAAUUAAUCUAUCUUUAAUAAAUCUAAUAUAUUAUUAAACAUAUAUAUAUUAGAGAUGUUAUGAAUCCUGAUUUUUAAGGUCCAACCGAACCAAACUUUCCUUAAAAUUAACGAACACCAACACAACCCCUACACAUUCUUAUUCUAACCAAACUUUUAAAAUAUUUUAUUGAACUUGAACAUUAAAAAAGUAAAAAGUUUAGGUUAGGUUAAAAACCUAGGUUUCCAAACUUCUCGGCUCUGUAAUUUAUGUUUAUGAAACCAGCUAAUGCGAACAAAAUUUUACUUUUUCAAACAAGGCCACUCUGUCCCACCACAGUACAUCGUAUUGGUGACUGUAGAAUCAGAAUGAAUGGAAUGAUUUUCAAACCAAACUAUUUAGUAUUUCUUUUGGUUCGAAAAUCGAAUAGUUCGUCACAUCUCUAAUAUAUACAGAGUGUCCCAUGAUGAUCUGCCACUUGAAAUAACUUUUGCUCUAUUCAAUAUUUUUGAUAAUUUUUUUUUCUAAAUAAUUAGUAUGCCUUCACACUACAGUUAAUAUAUAUAUAUAUAUAUUUUUUUUGGGGGGGGGGGGGUAGGGAGCUCAAAAUAAAAAAUUAAAAUUUUACUAUAAUUUUUUUAAAAAAAUUCAAAAUAGCCAUUUUAUAAAAUACAUUUUUAAAAAAAUGCUCUGUGUACAUAUAUCAAAGAACAAAAAACCAGAAUGAAAUAUAGAUAUAUUUAAAGUAAUAAUUUUUUGUUUUCCUAUUUUAUCAAAAUAAUAUUUGCUUAUAUUAAUGAAUGGUUGAACAAACUACCAAAUUCUGUAUGAAAAUAAUAGAAACUAAAGUAUAUUAUAAUUUACUUCAUCUGUCAUUUCUUCUUUUUCAUAGACGUAUAGAUUUGUUGAGAUUUGUCUCCAUCUAUCACGUUCUAUUUCUUGCUCAUUAUUAUUAUUGUACCUCUUAUUUUCAACAUACAUUGUCUUUUGAGAACAUGUAGUCAUAUCUGUAAGAUAAACAAAAAUCAUAGAUAAUUACACAUUUCCUAAUUGAUUUUGGGGAAUAAAUAUCAUUUUUAAAAGCACAUAUACAUGAUACAUUGAAAAUUUCAAAAAUUAUUUAAAUUAAAAAUCAUAGAAAGAAUUGGAAGGAUUUCAAAAUGUUUAUGAAUGGGGUGUCUGAGAAACAUAAAGAUACUUGACAGUAGGUGCCCACCAAAAGCACCAUAGACAUUUAUACCCUUGUCACUCUUGUUUGUUAAAAACAUAAAUAAGAACCAGUUUAAUAAUUUAUAAAUUCAAAUACAGAUAAUUGUAAUAUUUUGGAACCAACUUAAUAAAUUAUAAUAUUAUAAUUUAAUUAAUAACAUUUUAAUUUUAAUAACUCAAUGUGGAUAUUAAUUGAUUAAUGGGAACAUUUAUUUUUUACAAUUUUGUUGCAUCUAACCUUUAAAAAUAGGCAGGUACAUCAUUAUAAUAGCUAUAACAUAAUGUAAAUAUUAUUUAUUUAUAAUAUACUGUUAAUCAUGGAAAAGCAAAAUUUUAAAUUGAUUAUUAGCAAGUUUAUUGAAGGAAAACAUUUUGUUUGACAAAAUAAAUUUGUAAAUUUUUCUAAUUCCUUCGUGCUCAUGAGCACGCCAAUACACACUUAAAAUUUUAAAAUUAACUAACAAAGAUGUUUAAAAAGAGACAAACAUACUUUGCAUUAUGGGUGGACCAUUUUUGUAGAUGAGAAGUCAGGGAUGUAUAGGGGAAUUUAAUGUAAGUAAAGAUUAAUCAUUGUCAACAUAAAACGAUUCUGACUUCACCAUUGGCAAUAUACAUAUGAAGGGCUACAAGGAAAAACAAUAUUAGUGAAAAAAAAUAAUAAAUAGGAUAUUAUAUUAUUAUUUUGUCAUUUGCUUCUGGCCGAAUUGAAAUGCGAAUCAAGGUGAGGGAUAAAGAUCAUAGUCAGUGAUAUAAUAAAGGUUUAAAUAUACGGUUUAAUAAGGUUUUAAUAUAGUUCUGAAACUUUAACAUUUGCAUGAAUCAGUAACUAGAUUUGUUAAAAAAAAUGUUUUAUUCUAACAAUUUUUGACAUAAUUUGACAAUAAAAUUCCUUUAUGAAAAAAAAUACUAUGUUUAGCUCAAAUAUUUUUUAACCACGAAAUACAACUUUUAAUGAACUUCCUGUUAAAUUUUCAAGAAUUUUUGUUCAGUCCAACAAUUUUACCACAGAGUACCUACAAACUGAAUACAAAUUAUGUAAAAUACUCUCAUAAGUAAAAUGUCUAUAAAUACUUGACAAAUUGCUAAAAUGUUUUGAAAAUUGUAUUACUUCUAGAAAGGCAGAUAGAAGUUUUGUGUCUAAAUUUCAAGUCCAUAAAGUCAAUAAGAAUAUUUUUAACUAAAUUUCAACAAAAAGGAAAAUUGAAAAUAAUAAAAUCAUUAUUUUCGUAAAUUUUACAGUUUUUCUUAAGUUUUAUCCUGGAUUUUCCUAUAUAUUAAGAAAACCGCUUGAAAAAUCAAAAAAUGACCUGCACAAAGUAACAUCCAUACAUAAUUUCCUUUCAGGGAAAGUGCCACACAUACAUAUCGAAGCAAGAUUUCUGAUAGAAAUUUUUGUCAUGGUAUAAAAAAAAAAUAAACAUCAUUGUAAAACCAAUACAUUCUUCGUUACACUCCAAAUCUAAAACGUUUUAGGAUAAAAAUAUUAAAAAUUGGUAUCUACCUAUUUACAGCAAAAGUAAAAAAAAAAAAAGUAUAAAGUUAAUUUGUACAUUAGUUUUAAAUUUAAAAUUAAAGACAAUUAUAAUAUAAUUAUUAUUAAAUUACCAAGGUGCUUCUUCUGUUAGUGUAUAAACGCGAUAAAUGUUUUUUUGAUCUUCAAAAUGUUUGCUGGGUUAUUUAUAUAACAAUUUCACUAAACAAAUUUUUAUUAUAAUGGCGUAUAUGAAUCAAUUUCAAACUCGGCAAACUUGGAUAGAAAACCGUGAAGUACUCGUGUGUCUGGCUUUUUGAAAUUCGUUUUGAGGUUAUUAAAGAUAACUGAUAAAUCGUUAGGUAUUAUUUAACUUGGUUGUAAUAUGAGAAAAACCAAAAAUAAAAAUAAGUAUUGAUAAUUAUGAGUUCCUUUUGCGAUUGGAAGGUCCGUUGUUUACAUAACUUUUACGUGGAUGGAUCAAGGCUGUAUAAAUUCGUUGUCUCGAAUUCAAUUUCCCAUUGUAUUAAUUUAUUAUUAGGUGCAACAAUUAUUUUCUCGAAAAGUUCAAUUUAAUGUAUUCUAAACGUAAUAUAUAACGUCAUAUAGGUUAGUGAAUAAACGUUUUGAUACCGUACCUGAUAAAUUUAAUAAUUGCAGUGUCCUGUCAACGUAAUGAAAAACAAAUAUUAAUUAUAUUGUCAAAUUAAAACUACUAUUUGCCAUGGAUCUAUUAAGUUAAUAGGUCUAUGGUAUUUUCUGUAUUUGUAUAGGUACCUACAGUGUGGCCCUAGUAAAAAUUGUACUCGAGAAACUUUUUAUAUUUUUUUUAAAAAAACAAGAACUGUUUUAAAAAAAAAAUGUUCAAACAACAAAAAUGCACAGUAUAAUAUCAUAGUAGUGGUUUUCACUUGAUAAAAAAAUUGAGUACUUACUAUAUUAUGAUCAAUUUUUUUUCAGGACUACUAGAUAUGUACAACAUGAUGAAUCUCUUAUUAAAUUUUCGAGCAUUUUUACUUAGCCAAAACAAUCGUAUUCAUAUAAAACCAAAUUAAAGCAAGAUAAUUUCAAAUAGCUAUAAAUAGCUCGAAAUUCCCAGAAUAUUUUUAAUAUUAUUGUACGACGUAUAGAUAGUGCUUACUUUAGUAUUCGUUUUAAAUUGCAGGCCUUUAAGAAUUUACGAUUAUUUUUAUCUAAUUUAAAACAAGAAACAAAAUCGAAAAAAACAGAUGGGUAAAUCUGAUAAAAUAAGGGUAGAUAACCUACUGUUAUUUUGUAAAUUUUCUCGUUUUUUCGACAUUUUCCUCCAAUUAAAAAUGAGUUUCCCUAUUCAUAAACUAGAUAUUUGCUAUUUACCGGAAACCACUGAAGUUGAUGAUCUUAGUAAGAUUUCUGGUGGUUAAGUUGUUAAUAGACAGAAAAAAGCACAUACCGUGGUAAAAUCAAUACAUUUCUUGCAAGUUGCAACGCUAAAAAAGUUAGAAUGUAAAAAAAAAAAAUUAUAACCCGAGUUAUUAUUUUCGUUACUAAUUUUUAAUUUCCUUAGGUAUCUACCCAAAUUAUAAAUUAUAAAAACCAACUUUAAAUCCAUUGCAGAUAUUGGUUUUUUUACAGGAACUAAUUCUACUGUAAAUAAAUUAGAAAUUACGAGUAACUUGCCAAUCGCCCAAUUUUAAACUUUUUGCCCUAUUAAAAAAUUAGUUUUGUAUUUAAAAUAUAAAUUUUACACAAAUUUUAGGCAAAUUUGUUAUUCAUUAGUAUUAUGCAACUACUUACUUACCCGUUUUACAACCGUAUUAAUUUGAUGUAAAUAUAUUAUCAUAAUGAUAUGCUCGUACCUACUUCAAUAUAUUUUCAUUACAAAUUACAAUGAUAACUUGUUAAAAUAUUUUUGAAGUGAACAUUAUCCAUAAUAAUAAUUUACUCGUAUGUUAUACGAGUAAAUAUAUAGGAAGGAUUUUUAAAAAUGUUUUUAUUUUAAAGCAGUUCGUUAUCUACAUAUAACUUAUAUAGGUAAAGAUUAAAAACCGAUAGUUGAUCAAAAUUAAAUAAAAUAAUUUUUAUUCUUUUGGCACUCUCGAAUAUUUAAAACAUUUUACUUUUGCGUACAGCAAUUUCGUACAGACCAAAUUAUUUUACGUAUAUAAUAUGUGACAUAUCUAUGUAUAAUUAUAAUACCGCCCAUAUGUUGAAGACAUUAGCAUUUAAUUAUGGAAUAUUUUAUUUAUAGUACGAUGAUUUCCAAGCCAACCAUUUUCUAUUUAAUAUUAUAUGGAUUUAUUGUAUGUUAGGUUUUAUUUUAUACAAUUUAUUUUGUACAGUUAACGCUAUGCGGUUUUUUGUUUAUAUUAUUAUUAUUUUUAAUUCCGAUGUUUUUGAUACAUCUUUUUUAAUCGUCUUUAAAUAAAAUGUUAUUCUCUUGUAUCUUAAGAGAGAAUAAGUAAAAAUAUUAUUUUUUUUUAAUUGCAUAAGUAUUUAAUUGAUUUUAUGAUUUUAAGACACAAAAUAACAUAAUAAUAUUACAAUGUAUGUAUUAUAAGUUUUUAAAAUAACUCAACAGGUUUUACAUAAUACCUAAGUAUUAUAAUGUUCAAUAAUAAAUAAUACGUAGCUGAUAAUGCAUUUUUUAAAUUGAACGAAAGUUUAAAUAAGUAAAUUUUUGUUGCUUAUCUCGUGAAAUUUGUAAAACAUUUUAUUAUAAUGGGUUUUAAUAUACCUAUUUACAUCUUAAUUUUUCAUGUGAUGUAGUAGUGUACCUACCCAGGAUUUUUCAAUAGAGAGGAGUAAAUAAGGCUGAACAUAGUAAACGUGCAAAUCAUAUAAUAUAAUAUUGGGAAUGCAAUUAAAAUGUAUCUACUUCUAAUGUAUAAAGCCUUUUUCUCGAGAAUAAAUCAUAUUUGAACAUUCCUCGCUACAUUUCUAAUCUAAAAAGUUAACGUCUUUUGCAAUUUUACUUGUUUCAAUACCCCCCCCCCCACUCCCAUAUCACAAUAGGUGGAACUAGAGUUAUACAAUUGAGUGUACGAGACCUUUUAUUUGUAAUUUAAAGGAGGCCCUAAAAACAAAUUCACUUGCUUUGUGCGAAAACAAAUGCAUUUUCUUUCAAAAAAUAAAAUUGAGUGUAAUGUACCUAUUUUAGACUUUGAGUGUAGUGAAGAAUGUAUUGGUUUUACUAAGAUUUUAAUCAAUUUUUUAUUUUUACAUUGUGUACAAAAAUUCUACUAGAAAUAUUCCUCAGAUAUAUACACGCAGCACAAAAUCUGAAAAGGAAUAUUGUCCAAAUGAUACUUUUGUGAGGUUAUUUAUUGAUUUUCCAAUCGGUUUUACUUAAAAAGAAAAGAUAUUUACCGUUUAGAUUUUAAUUAAAUUACUUUUAUUAGUUAGUUUUACGUAGGCUAAAAGUGUGAUACAGAAAAUAUUAUAAUGAUCAAUUUAUGACUGAACGAUGAUAAAUAUUAAGUCCUGAUUAAAAAUUAACAAUUUAUCUGAGUUAAUAAUGUUAACAAAUAUCUAUUAUGUUCUUAUAAAUAUCGUUCUUUAUUAAAAGAGACGUACCUCUGUCAGAAUACAAAAUAAUUAGGUGAUGGUAAAAAAAAGUAAAGGGGUUCCCCCUCAAAUUGAUCACUAAUUCUAAAUGAUUUUUUUUUACCUAUCUACUUAAUAAUAACAGUAUUUGUAUGCAAAUAGACAUAAUAAUAAAGGUUAUUAUGAAAAGUUAAUAUUUGCUUUUUUAUUUAAAUUUUAAAAGCAUAAUUUUUUUUAUUACCUAAUGCAUUCAAUUUGCAUACAAAAUUGCGUUAAAUUUAUAAUUUGUACACAUAAAUUUGCGAUUAUAAUUAGCUCUUAAUUAUUGGAUAUUAAUAAUUGUUGUGUAGACUUGGUUCUGUUAACUUUCAGGAAAUAAAAAUUAGGUAGGUAUGUCGUAUGUAAAUAUCAAUUUUAAGUAAUUAAAAAGAUUUUGGAAAUAAGUAUAUUUUCAUCAUAGGUUCCUUUGGUUUAUAAAUCUGGGUAGGUAUAAUCGUAGUAAAGGUUAUGUGUGUGUUAUUGUGACUUUGUUAAAUGAGUUUGUUUUACAAAAUAUAAAAAUAAAAUAAAAUGUUAAAUUUGUAUUUUAAGUUAAUAAAAAAGGCAUUGCAAUAUCAUAUUGUACCUAUAUAGUUAUAAAUUAUCGGCAAAAAUGUAAAUAAUUCAUAAUUCAGUGGCCGGUUGUAUUAUGCGAAAGUCAUCUAAGGAUAUAAAUAUUACACUUUCUAAAAAUGUCUAUUGAUAUUAUAAUAAUAUAUUAUUACUUGUAUGACGAAAAAUUUAUACAAGCAAUACAUUAUACAAAUAAAACUGUAAGUAAUUUAUAAAUUAUAUACUUAGCAUAAUGGAUGUAGAUUUUUUAUUCCAUUAUCGCAUUUUUUUUUGAAUAUUUGUUUAAUAUUAUAAUAGCCAAUAGGUACUGUUUGUUUACCCAUUGGAAUUUAAUAAUAACAUUAAGAUAUUUAACUAAAUUAAGUAUAUACUAUAUUAUAGUAUUGUUGAUGUUUGUUUGUUGUGUUACGCACAGUAAUUGUUCAAUACCACCAUUUAAUUUCAUGUGACAGUGGCGUGGCGAUGAUAUUAUUAUUGUUAUAGUAUAUUGAAAUUAUACUGUAAUGUAUGUGUGCGUGUUUGUGUACAUUAAUACGAAACUUAAGCACUUAGCAAUAAUUGGCAGUGUCGUAAUAAUUAUAUAUUGUAAAAUGACGAACGGGUAAUAUUAAUAAUAUAUUAUUUGAUUAUUUUAAUAUUGGGCAUUGUUAAAAUCAAGUAGGUACACGCACGCACUUUGAACGUCAAAACUUUUAAUUAAUCGUUUUAAUCUCGUACAGUCAUAGUUUAACAGAUAAUAUUAAUCAAUAUGUAAUUUGAAUGGCCCAUCACACAUGUCAAUUAUGAAUAAUUUAUUUUAACCUUAAAUGUGAAACGGUUUUUUCAAUAUUAAAAAAAAACAAAAUAAAUCGAUAUACACCGAAUUAUCGCGAUUAUUUGAAUAUAAUAAUGUUUUGAUGAUUUAUUAGCUAAAUCGUACAGUCGAAAGUUUCGACAAUAACAUCUAAUAUUGAUUCGCAAGAAAAUAUCUUAAAAAAUAAAAACAUGUUGAGAUAAUAGCACUAAAUUAACAAUAAAUUAUUUAUUGAGGAUUAUACUCUUGUAUUUUUUGUAAUCUUAGUUAUGAUUGAGUAAUAUAAAAAAAAUUCUAUAUCAUAAUAUGAUUUUUUUUGUUUUGUUUCAAGUACUUAUAUUCAGUACGGUACUAGCUAUGUAGUACGUAUAAGUAUGACAUGAAAUACUUAAUUAUAAUUUCAAAUUUCUGGUUUUUUAUAGGGUUAUAUACUCGUAUUUUUAUGUAUUAGGAUUGGUAAUAUCCGCGUAUAGAACGUAAUAUAUGUUAAGUAUACGUAUAAUACACCACGUAGGUACCUAUAAAACGUAUAAAAUGACCAAAACGUAUACAAUUUUAUAAUGACAUAAGGAACUAUACAAUUUUUUUCUUUAAAAUUUAUAAUAGUGAUCAUACUGUAUAUUUUAAAUUUUAACGAGUAUUUAAACUUAUAAAUUAAUAUAACGAAUUAAAAAAUCACAUCAACUUGAUGAAUUUUUUUUAAAUUUAGAACAAAAUAAAUACAAAACAAAUUUCUUUUUUGUUAUUGUAAAUAUUAAUGUAGUUGUUAAUAGUUAUUAAUGGAGAUGAACUUAGUAAUUACUAAUUAAUACAACAAAUUAUCAUACAAUAUAUAUUAGGUUAUUAGUAUAAUAUAUGUACAAAAUAAUGGUUAAAUGUCUGUGGUUAUCAUUUGUCAAUAUCAAUACAAAUAUUAUAAAAACCUGAUAAUUUAAUUAUUGUUGUUCAGUGUAGCCAUAAAAAACUUUUAUAUAGUAUAAAAUGUAUAGAACUAUUUGUUUUUAUGUACGUAUAAUAGUGUUUUAUACUUUACUGUAUUAUACGUUCCGGCUAUAUAUUAUAAUAUAGGAUGAGAUACUGUAGUUAUUUCUUUGAACUAAACUUAUCCUUUAAAUCGUGUUUUUUCUUUGGAAUUUUCUAUAAAAAUAAACUGAAUACAAGUAAAAUAAAUUCGAAUUUUAUUAAUAGUUAAUACUAUUGAUUAUACGUUUUAUUUUUAUAACAAUAAUUAUUCGUAGUUAUUAUUAUCUAAGUACAUUAAUAAUUAUAUCUAUACUUUAGGUAUACAAGUUUAUUAUAAAUGAUAUUUUGCGAUAUAUUCGAUUAUAAUAAUAUGUACGACGGGUCAUUAUUUCAAAGUAUAAUAAUAUUACGUUGUUUUUGAGAUAUCGCAUUAUGCAUACAACGCAUAAUAAUAAUUUAAUAAAUUAUAAUAACAACAAUAAUUAUUAUUUAUUAAUAUCUUAAUUGAUAAACCUGCGUAUCAUAUUAUUGUGUACAGUGUACGACGUGUGGUAUAAUAUUAAACGAUCAGUGUGAUGUGUGAAGUAGGUAGGUAUACAUAGAUUAGUUCAAGUAGUAUGUUUUUUUUAACCGCAUGCGUCUUAGGUUCAGUAUAAUAUUCGACAAAACAAAAAACCUAUUUAAACUCCGGUACCGAUUAUUUUCGCUGUCAUUAUUCUAAAUUUUCGUGCAAUGCGUUAACUUUAUAAUUAUUAUUACACCUGAUUAUUAUUUAAUAGGCAAUUAUUUUAUUAUUAUAGUGUUUCGUGCUAUUCAAUUUAUACUUACUUGUGUGUUUGUGUGUUUUAUUUUUCACAGUCUGAUAUUGUUUUGAAGUCAUUUUGACGGGCGGUAGUUAUACGACCGGACUGUUUAGAACCGAAAAAAAAAAUUAUAAAAUGUCCACGUUGACUGCAGCGACCGGUAAGACUUCAAAUGGCAAAAACAUUGAAGAUGAUUCCGUAUUGUUAACCACUAAAAACAUUCUAAACCAAUUGAGGGUGGACAAUGAAUACGACGAUGAUGACGAAGACGACGAUUUAAUGCCGUCCCGACCAACACCGACCGGAAGUCCUCCUCCAGUAACUUUGACUACUAAUACUACGGCCGGUAUGAUUACGUUAUUAUUAAUAUUCUUCUUUAAUAAUAUAACAAUUAAAUAAAUUUAUAUAUGUGUGCACGAAAUACUAGCUGUCCCUCCCGGCGUUUCCCGUGCCAAUUUAAUUCCCCCUUUUUUCACCACUUAAGAGGAGAGCGUUUUUAUAAAAUCCUUUCAAAAAUUGAAAUCAAUAGAACUGAUUCCAUUAAUCGUUUCUCCCUGUGUAAAAAACCAUAGACAGUAUGUAUAAUGUGUUUUUUGUGGAGGUCUAGUAAUUUUCUAUCACAUCGUAUGAACAGACGAGGACUAAAAUAUUAUUAGUUAUUGCUUCAAAUUCACUGUUCUAUAGUUACACAGUCAUAAGCCGGAUCCAUACUGGGACAAACAUUGUUGUCGAACUGUACAAAAUGUUUCCUGACUCGAUGAACUAGUGCUACUGUGCUUUGAAAUGUUCGACAACAGUGUUCGUUCAAUUUACACAAGAUUUUCCGACUUAUAAAUUGGCAACUUCCCGCUCGCAUUAUUUAUUUGCACGUUAGUAGGUAUAUUUACGAGUAUUCCAGUGAAAUAUUUUAACAACAAAAACAAUAAUUAUAAAUUAAAUAGUUUUUAAAUUUUAGAUUCUGAGUGGAGUGAAGAAGCUUAUGGUUUUACAAAGAGGUUUAUUUUAUUUUAUCUGUUAACAACUUUUUUACUAGAAGACUUGCUCAGAUUUUUAAGUGUAGCACCGUUUUUGAAAGGAAAUUAGCGUGGUACUCCAAAGAGCUAAUUUUUCGAUUUCUCAAGAGUUUUCUCAUAUAAUUUGAAAAACCGAAAAAAAAAACAGGGAAAUAUAAGAAAUGUAGGUUAGGUAUUAGUUAAAAUAUAUUACGGCCUUCUUUUUUUCUGUGAACAACUUUUCUACAAGCAAUUUUCCUCCAAAUUCUAGUUACAGCAAUGUUUCUAAAAAGAAAUUUCACUAGGGAGGUACUUUAGAGAAGUCAUUUUUCAAUUUUCUCAGGAUUUUUCUCAGCAAUGUGAAAAACCAAAAUAAAACAUAGGAAAAUUGGGAAAAACAAAUUUUUUUAACCUUUAUAUUAUUGAAAUAAAAUAAAUGAUACAACGAUUACACGACUCAUUAGGUUAUUAUUAUGAUAUGGAAGUAUUUAAGUACCGAAAAUCAAUUGUUACGAUUUUAAAUUCUGAGCGUUUUACUAUAAUAAUAUGCACAGUAAAUAAAUAUAUAAAUUAAAUACAUAUAUAAGUAUAGUAAAGUCGCGUUUUACAUUUUGACUUGGAUAAAUCUGAUCAUGAAUUUUUAAUUCAAAACCUGUCGUAUAAUAUACUUAUCAUAAUACUUCAGGCUACACAUUUAUUAAUUUAUUUAGUUUAGAUUCUGAGUGGAGCGAAUAAGCUUAUAGGUUUAUAAAGAUGUUUAUUUUUUUUAUCUGUGCGCAACUUUUCUUCCAGCAAUUUUGCUUCAACUUUUAAUGAUGGCAAUGUUUCUAAAAAAAAGUUUCACGAGCGAGGUACUUUAGAGAAGUAAUUUUUCCUAUGCAUUUUCAUAGAAAAUGUGAAAAACCGGAAAAAACGUAGAAAAACUGGGAAAAUUGGUACAACAUUAAACAAAUAUUAUUAAAGAAAAUAUAUAAAGCCUAUUUAAUUGUUUUACUAUAAAAUGACAUAUAUAUUGUUGAAAAAGCAUCACUAUAAACUGAACUCCGCUCAGAAUUUUUUUUGUAAGCAAUGGUUUAUCGUUGCUUACAAGUAUACUUUAAAUUAUCUAUAACAGUGGCUGCACCCGUCCCCAUUAUUCUAGGGUGUCAUUUUAAUUAUUUAUUCAAUAUUUAAAUUUAAAGUUUAAAGUUUGUAAUAAAACAAUAAUUCAAAGUAGGUAUGCAUAGUUAAGCUUGAUCCAUUGAUUUAUUAUUAUCUGCCUACCAUAUAUUAGCAUUUAUUUUAUCGUAAUUGCAUUUAUAUAAAUAUAACUAGAACCCAAAGAGUGUGAUAAUUGUAAAAUAAUCAUUAGAGUUUCUUGACAGUAUAACACGUUCACAAUAAAUACCUUUAUGUUAUUCAUAUUAUAGAUAGAGUGGGCAAGGUACUCAAAAAAGAGUAUCAUGUUACAUGAUACAAACAUUAAAUGUAUUUAAAUUCAAGAUACAAGAUGCAUUGUGAAAGUAUAUAAAAUACUAGGUUCAAUAUACAUGAUAUAUUUUCAAAUUACAUUUUGUAAACUUUAUACCUAACGGUUUUUGUAAAAUUUUUGAAAUAACACUAAUACUUAUACUAAUAAAAUACAUAUUUACUUAUAAACAAUACAUUACGCCAAUAGUUAAAAACACUAAUAAACAAUAUAAUAUAUAAAAUAUAAACAUUUUAGAUUCUGAGUGGAGCGAAAAAGCUUAUGGUUUUACAAAUAUGUUUUUUUUUUUAUCUGUGGACAACUUUUUUACCGGGGAGUUAAUUUAAGGAAGCCAUUUUUCGAUUUUCUUAGGAGUUUUCCCAAAAAAUUAAAAAAUGGGAAAACUGUAGGGAAACGGGAAAAUAGAUACAAUAUUAAACAAAUAUUAUCAAAGAAAAUAUAUAAUGCCUAAGUAUUUAUUUUACCAUAAUAUGACAUAUAUAUUAUUGUUGACAAAGCAACAUUAUCUGCAACUGAGCUUCUCGCAGAAUCGUUUUUCGUUAAUAAUGGUUGGUUUAUCGUUGCUACAGAUAUACAUUAAAUUUCCUCUCUACUACCAUCCAAAAUUAUCAUCUACAACUUACAGUGGCUCCACCCACGUGCGAAGUUGCCUGGCUUUUUUAUAUUUUGAACAUGUUACGUGUAUAUAUACGGAUGUCCAAAUCCAUGCAGCUAACUUUUGACAUUUUCUACGGCUCCUAACUCCGGGAAUUACUGUCCAUUCGAAUAAAACCUGAAACCCUGAAAUUACAGUGAACUUAUUAUAUUAAAUAUUUUAAUCGAUAAACAAAUAAAUAUGAAAUUAAGAUAGGUACAGUGUGCAUCGUCAUAUUGGUAAUAUUAUUCAUCUCUUGUUUUUCUCCAUUCUAAAUCGAAAAUAAGUGUGUAAUCAUUGUUUGAUUAUACGUAUAGCAGAUGAGUUUAAUUAUAUUAAAUAUAACGAUAAAUCUUAAAAAUUAAUAUAAAAGUCCCCCAAUGACACAUUAGUUUUGUAGUUAUGACGUGAUGUCGACCGACGAUAUAUACCAAAAUUAAUAAUAAUAAAAUAAAUUGACUAUAUUACAAUGUACGUAGCAGUACAUAAUAUAUAUUCAACAAGUGCAUUGAUAUAUAUAUAUAUAUAUAUGUAUAGGUUACGAAAAGAAAAAUACUACCAGCCUUAUUGUGUGAUUCUAUUUUUAAAAAAAAAAUCAUGACAAAAUAUUGUUUUUCUGCCAACUAGUAAAAUACGCUUAUAUUAGACUGCAGUGACACGAAUAAAUAACAAUCGCAAUUCUAUAUUAUAAUACUCGUAGUUCAUGUUUGUGCGUACUUACGGCGUCUAUUUAAUUUUUAUUAGUUCUGUUAUAAACGCAAUAUUUAGAAAUUCAUAUAAAUAUUUAUCGUGUUAUUUACGCAUAAUAAAUCGGUACUAUACGUAAUAAUCGAAUAUAUAAGUAUAUAUUAUUAUAUAUUAUUAAAUUGUAUUACUUAUGUGCACUGUACGAGUUCUAAAUAUAAAAUAAUCCCUUAAUGAAUAACCGUGGAUUAGUGGAUAGUAGUGCGGCAUCGUCGUUGUCGCCUAUCGGAUCGCAAUCUCCGUCCAAAAAUUCGUCGUCAAACUACAGUGCACAGUAUCUGAGAUCUAAACAAUUUAGACGGUUGAAUUAUCGUAAGUCUCCGACAACGACCGUAAUGGCGUGUUCUUCAGAUUCGGAUUCCGAUCGCGAAUAUCCGCGUAGGUGGAUGGAUUACCGGUCGGAUUACUCGGACGAUGGUGAAAAUAUUAUAUAUACUAUAAUAUAUUGAUUUAGAUUAUACCUUUUAUAUUGGUAUUGGCUUUACUAUGAUGUUUUUUUUUUUAUUUAGGUUCUUAGAAAAUAACAAAUAUAUUGCAUUAAAUUUAAUUUUUUCUUGUUGAUCAAUCAGUACAAUUUUAUAUUGAACGUCCUGUUAAAUUAUCAAUCAUUUCUAUUUGGUCUAACAAUUUUGUCCACAGAGUUCCUAGCGAAUAAAUAUUACGUAAAAGACUCUCAAAAUUAAAAUGUCUAUAAAUAGCUUAAAAAUGGCUCAAAUGUUUUGAACAUUUUACCACGUAUAUAAAAGUCAAAUAUAUGAUUGCUGUUAAUAUUUCAAUUUUAUAUAAAUAUUUUUCACUGAAUUACAACAAUAAAAUAAAAAUGAAAAUAAUAAAAGCAUUAUUUUCGUACAUUGUCCCAUCUUUUCUACGUUUUUUCCUAGGUUUCAUAAUUAUUAUGAAAACCGCUUAGAAAAUCAAAAACUGACUUCUUUAAAGGAUCUCCCCAAUCAGAUUUUCAUUCAGAAUAAGUGCUGUAUCUGAAUUGGAAGAAAAAUUGCUGAUAUAAAAGUUGUUCAUAAAAAAAAUAAAAAAAAAAAUAAAUAUUAUUGUAAAACCAAUAAGACAUUCCUCGCUCCACUUAAAAUCUAAAAUGGCAAGAGACCUUUUUUAUUGAAUUUUAAAUCGAGUUAUUGCAUUGAAGCGGUAAUUUUUGAUUUUCCUAUAGGUUUUUAAAAGAAUUAGGAAAAAUCAAAAAAAAAAAAAAGACUAACGAAAAACCUGAAAGUGAAAAUUCAUAAUUCAUUAUUUUCGAUUUUCUAUUUUUCUUAUAAUUCAGUUAAAAAUAUUCAUAAAGAUCUGAAAUUUAAACAUAAUUCUUAUGUUAACCUUUUAUUAAUGUAGUAAAAUUCUGGCGAUUUUUGAGCUAUUUAUAGACAUUUUAAAGUAGGAAGAAAUUAAUUUUUGCACUACGCAGUUUCAGUUUUGAGGAUUUCCUUCACGUGUGGAGGGUCGCUCUAAUUUGGCUUUUGAGACCCAAUUAUUUUUUCAGAAAUUUCAAAAGGAAAUAAAUGCGCAGGCUAGAUUGUAUAGGCUAAUACAUAUGUGUGAAAGAAUGUGUCAUUUGGUUUUGAGAAUUUAUACGGUAUUAUUAUAUUGUCAAUUUUGUUAUCAUUAUUAAUUAUUAUAAUGUCAUUAAUCAUUUUUAGUCUUUUAUCCGCAAGUUUCUUAAACGAUUUUUGUUAAUUUUCAAGUUUUUACGAGUUAUAAUAACCCAUGAGUUCUAAUAAAAGUUUAUCAAACUAUGAAAGUGAGCAUUAUUUUAGGCAAAUAAAAUCCAAAGACUACCACGACAAGUAUAAAAAUGAUACUGCAUACUCUUAAUUAAGUAAAUAUUCCGGCCACCAACUAAUCCACAUCUACCAAAAAUACUUCAAAAUCUACAAACCGGGGAUAAAAUCCAAGUUUCUUUGGAGGUCUUUAAUGCGAUAUGUCAAAUUUGUACAGUUUAAAAUUCUUUUAAUGACUUUUGUUUUAUAAAAACAUAAUAAUAUUUUUUAUAUUUUUAAACAUCCAGGCACCCACGAUCCACUAGCUCGUUUUUUUUUAUUGUUCACUUUAUUCAAAUAUACUUCCUUCGCAUUGCCACUGUUAUCAUAUAUAGAAAAAGUGAUUGAGAUAAAUCAUCGAGCAAAUGUGGCGAUAAGGUCUUUUUGAACAAAAUCAUUUUUAAACCAUAUAACUUCGCGUGAAGUGGCGUGCCGCACAGUGGUCUGAAUAGUAAACUUACGUGGCAAAAAGUUUAAAAGUCCCAGGUUUGAGUGUUGUUUUUUUUUUAAUUUUUUUUAUUCAUCUUUUAGAAUUUUAACAUUGAAUUUAAAGUUCCUAAGAACAUAUUUAAAUAAACUACAACCUCCGGGAAAAUACCUUUUUCGAAAUUUCUAAAAACCAUAAAAAUAAAAUACUAAUGUAUAAAAUACAAUUAUAGGGGUUUCCAUAUCGAUAUACCUACUAUGAUAACUGUUUUACUGAGUUGCAACGGAUGCUAAUAGAAAUAUUUGAAAAUGUAGAUAUUCAAGAUUGUUUAGAUCACUAGUUCCCAACCUCUGUGAGUCUACGUCCCUUUUGUAGAUUUUGAAAAAUCUCGCCCCCCUCUCCUAACAAUAUGAUGAGAAAAAAAAAACAAAAAAAAAGGUCAACAAGAUUCCUAUAAUAUAUUUGUAUAAAAGCUGAUAAGUAAACAAAAGCCUUAUAAAAAUUAAAGCUGCUCGGGCAAUUACCCCCUAUCACCCCUACCUAGAUAAGGCCUUGCUCAUAAUCUUUUUCGAUACCGGUCGUUAUUAAUUUUAGAUUCUGAGUAGAGAGAGGAAUGUAAUGGUUUUACAAUGACGUUUAUUUUAUUUUUUAUUUUUUUUCUGAUGACUACUAUCCUACCAGCAAUUUUACUUCGAUUUACAACGAUAGCACUUUUUCUGAAAGGAAAUCGGAUUAAGGAGUGAUUUUCUCUGGAGUUUUUCCAAUAAAUGGAAAAAAAUAUAGGAAAAACGUAGUUAAAUAGGUACAAUAUUAAAAAAAUAUUAUUAAAGAAAAUAUAUAAAGUAUAUGUAAUUAUUUUACCUUAAUAUAACAAAUACAUUGUUAACAAAGCAACACUAUUAAUCGAACUUUUUUUAGAAUCGUGUUUUCGUCAGCAAUGGAUUAUCAUUGUUUACAGAAAUACAUUACAUUUUCCCUCUACCAGUUUCUUAUCUAUAAUAGUGGUUGUGGUGGAGGUGUGUAGGGGGUAAUUUGAGUGACCGUAUACAGCACAAGCGGCGGUGGUAUAUUUUUAUUAAUAAGCGUUUUAAGUUUGUCAUUUCAAAACAUGUAAAACCGUAUCUCGCUCAGAAUAUUUUUUCGUUAGCAAUAGUUUAUUGUUACGCACAGGUAUAAAAUAUUAAAUAACUCUAUGUAUCCCAUACUUUCUCAACUUCCCACUAACAAAAGUGGCACACCUAUUAGUAUUAUCAACUAAUUUUUUUUAUCUUCAACACAUUUAACCACUUACAUGUGUACCUAUUAUACUUACAUUCUCGAGUAUUAUUAUAUUACAUUCUCUGGUUACGGCGCACGUGCGUUUUUACACGUGAUGAUCGAAUAGGUAGCCAGGUAAUAGGUAUACAAGGUGACCCGGUCCUCUCACAUCCGUAGGUUCAACUGAUACUAGGUUACCUCUAUUCGUGCAACACACUUUUAAAAAAAAAAAUUAAUUUAUAUUUUUUUUCUGUUUGCAAUCAAAUUUUCUACCAGAAAUCUUAAUCAAAAAAUGAAAAAUCAGCUGGAUGGUUAGUGUAUAGAAGAGGUCAUAUUUUUGAUUAUCUAAGACGUUUUCAAAAAAUAAUUGCAAAAAAUUUGAAAAAAAAAACGUAGGUAUUGGAAUAACGGACAGACGUUUUUUUCUACCAGAAAUAUUGCACCAUUAAUCAAGUGUAGCAUUUUUUUGAUAAAAAUUAAUGUUUAGUUGGUGCAUGGGAAGAACUUUUUGAUUUUUUUUAUAGUUUUUCUAAGAAUUGAGAAAAAACGGAAAAGUUUACAUAAUUGUGUUAUUAUGUUCGAUUUAGUUUUUUUGUUGCAAUUCCGUUAACAAUAAUCGUAGAAACUUGAUAUUAUUUUAUAAUACAUAUAAUGGCUUUUUCUAGACGUGGUAAAAUUUUCAAAGCAUAAUGAUGAUUUCUAGCUAUUUAUGACAUUUGACAUUUCAAGUUUUUUAAAUUUUUACUUGGCUCUUUAUGAAUAGAAUUGUUUUGGCAGAUCAAAAAAAUUUGAGAACUUUACUCAAGGUUUAUCUCUAAUCUUACUUUGUAAUUAAAAAAUUAAAAAGUUGAGGGUUAUAUUCAUUUAUUUGUAUAAACAUUUUUUUUUCAGACUAUUACAUUUAAACCAAUUGGUAACAUUAAUAUUAAUCACUAUUCAGCGAAAUACAUAAACAAUUUAUAAUAUUUAUCCGUUUAUCCCUUCUCUCCCCCCCUCGAGAAUAAAUCCUAGUUGUGCCACCGCCACAACAAUAUUACAGUGCAGUAUAAUAUUGUAAACUCACUCAUGGCGCGAAGUCGGAUUUGUUUUAAUAUUUUUGUAUAUUACAGACAGUGACGAUGAUGAAAUAAUGGCAGCGUCUCCGCCUCCGCAAUCCGCAUCAGCGGUCCUGUCUAAUGGGAACUCAACUCAGACAACUGGCGGAGCGCCGUCACUAGUGACCGAUCUAGCGUCUGCUGGAGGUUCGUCGUCGUCGUAUCAAGUACCGCAGUUUCCCAUCGAGCGCAUAGAAUCUAAAAUGGCUGCCAUUAGUUCCAGGUUUGAUAAUAUACUUAUAUUAUAUUAUGUGUAUGUAUGUAUGUAUAUAUAUUUUUGAAAUUUAUUUGUUUUAUUGACGUUAUUAUAGCGUUCAUUAUUUCUUUAUUUGAUCGCAUUAUAUUAUAUUAUGUAUUAUACAAUAUACAUUUGUUCGUUCAAGGAUACGUCAUAUCGUUCAUGAUGUGUUAUAUCCCUUUAUCGGCUUAAAAUGACAUAUAGGGUAGAAAACUAAACGAGUUUAGAUUAUAAAACUCGAGCUGAAUUAAUGAAAUUAGUGACCCGGGAGCUGAUCUGUAUUCUAAGUGCCGCGGUUAUUCUUACGAUAUCCCGUUAGCGCUAACCGACAAUUAAAUUUACUGAAAACUGACAGAAUGCUGUCGGUUAUUGCUAACAAAUACUAUAUACAGGAAAUAAUCCUGACAGGUCCUAAGAGUUUUAAUUUUGUUUAAGUUUCUUAUAUUUAUAUUGACUACAAUCAUUUGCAACCUGUAAAAAAUAAACUUUUUUUUUUUAUUAGUUUUUAGUAAAACUAUGAUACCUCAACGAUUAUAGUAUAUAUAGUUAGAUUAACCAAAAAUACAAUAAUAAGAAAACUAAAAUUUUGAAAUACAAAAAUACCUUAAACUAAAUAGAAAAACCAGCCUUCAAGAUGAAAGAAAUAAUUAUAUAGAUAACUUCCUCGGAAUUAGUAUUGCGAAUGGAACAGAGAUUAAGGGAGAUAUUAAAGAAUGUGAGGGAAUUGAAUAGCUUAACACGUAGUAAAUGAAGGGAAAGACAGUCAAAGAGAAUAUGGGAGAGAUCACAGGUGCUUUCAGUGUGAUGAAGGGUACAGAGUGAAGAAUCGUUUAGACCUAGUUUGUAGGCGUGGGUAGCAGAAAGUGAUCGGUACGAAGAUGGUUAAAAUGGAUAAAAUAAACUUAACACACAUCAAAUAGAAAACAUAUAUUUUGUUAUAGGUUUUAUUGGGUGUUGUACUGGUUAACUUCUUUUUGGCUUCUCAAAAAUGAUUGAAAAUUUGUUUAUAGUUCAUCAUAAAUUGUUCUUUUGAGUGUAUGGACAUUAUUAAUGUAUCGAAUAUUCGUAAUUAUGAUUUUUUUUUUUUUUUUUAAAUACGUUUUAUGUUCAUUCCAAUAAAAAUCCUAAUCGUAUAUAAAAUUUUAAAUAGGUACCUACAGGAAAAUUAUAGAUUCUAAAGCUCCUAGUAUUUAUUUCGUAUCGCGUUAUCAGAGCUCGAUAAUUAUAUUAUAGACUCGUAUUUGUAUUAUGUUUUUGUUUUCGGUAGUUUAUUCAGCUUCUAGGAUCAUCUUGAACAUCUCUUCUUACAACCAAUCCUCCAUUGCUCCAAGUGCUCCAACUACCCAUCGCUAAAAUUUUCUAAUUCAGUUCUCGUAUUUUUUUUACCUACAUUUUUUUUGGCUGCUUCCAAAAACCACACACUUAUGAUUUCGAUUUUUAAAAGACCGGUAGACUAAAACACCACUCUCCAUCGGACAUUGUAUAUAACAAAAUACUGCACAUUUAUAGUGGGUAAAAACCACAUAAUAUUUUUAGUGUAGAUAAGAUAAUACGUUUAAUAAGAAAAUCGAUGUACCUAUUGGCUAUUAUAAACGAAAACGGCAAAACGAAAAAGUGAACUAUGUGUACAAACAAAACUAAAUUAUUAUUGUGAUACAUAAAAAAAUAUUGAAUUUUUAUGAAAUCGUUGUGACGAAUACUUAAUUAACGCCUUGUCAAUACUUGUACAUAUAACCCAAAGUAUAUUUAAUGACGGAAAUAGUUUGAAGUUUUAUAAAAACAUCGAAAAUCGAUUUCAGCCAAUAAAACUUUGAAUAGUUUUUUUUUUUUUGAAUAAGUGUUAAAUUUUUGAGUGUGUAAAUUGUAAAUAAUUUUGUUUUGAAUAAAUAUAAAUAAUAUAUAAUAUAUUAGGUAUACAUUAUUAUAAAGUGUGCGGUUUUGCCCUGUAUUUCAUCACAAAUGUGUGGAUUUCGGAAUCUUUUUAUCUCAUUCUUGGCUUUCUGAAAGGUCUUUCCGUAUUGGAUUCUGUUCCAGUGGUAUUGCAUAUUGGUAUAUAAAAUGUCAUAUCCAACCUAACGCAAUGUUUUUCUAGUAUACUUUAGCAUACUAAUACGAAUUGAUACGCUAGUUGUUUAAAACAAGUAUAAGUCGUGUGAUAAUUUUAAAGUAGAUGCUUAUUUAUAGUUAAAUCUCAUAUUUAAUAUUAAUGUUGGAUUGGGUACCUAUUCAACUGUGUACCUAUAAUUAUUAUUAUCUGUAAUAAUUAGUCUAGUGCGAAAAUCGUAAACGGACACGGUUUUUUAUAGAACGUGGCGUGGAUUACGUGGGUUAUCAUAAUUUUUUGGUAAUAUUAUCUGAAAAAUAUAAUAGGUAUUAGGUAUACCUAAAAUGUCAUAGUAUACCCAUACAUUCUUAUCUAGUGAAUCACAGUCCAGUCGUUGACGGUCGGCGUGUCUGUAUCGUAUUAUAAACGGUGGUACGCAAACAUACCACCUACAGCAGCAAACAAGUAUUACAUAUAGCAGGUUCAAUUUAUUUAAUAAUUUUAUUGUGGUUAUCUAGUUUACCGCUGAACCCCGUGUAGUACCGCAGUAACCGCAGUGUCGUGUGAAUCGGGUUUAAAAUUUGUCAUAAUAAUAUUAUUUAAACAACGCGGAGAUCCCGUAGUCGUGUACUCGCGUAGAAAAUCGCGAUCGAUGCGCCGGCAAUCCGUUUCAAAUCCGCCCGGACGGUAUUAUACGUGUUAGUUUUACACGAGUAUAUUAUAACAAUAUAAUUAAUCAUUACCAUUUGACAUUAACACAAGUUAUCGUGUGUUCAAUACCUAUUCGGGUAGAUUUACCGCGAUAAUUUGCCUGAUUUUACGAGCAACCACAAAAACUAUAGAAGACCGCAAGAUUUCGCCGUAAAAUCAUAAUAUGUAUUCGAUAUUUAUUCCGAAUCUAUGUUCUUCACUCGUUUUCCGGCCGAAUCAUGUAGAUUUCAAUAUUUCAUUAUGCAUGCAAGACACUGCGUGUUAUUGAUUUCAAUAGACGACUAUCCUCGAACUUUGACACUCACAUUAUGCCUUUCUACGUUACAUGAUACACGUAUUUGUCAAGCCAUUACUAGAAAAUACGGUACAGUGGUCCGGUCCUCGUAUAUCAAAAGUGACGCGCGACGUUUUGAGCAAAUCCAAAACCGUUCUCUACUCAGCUGGGUACACCGUCUAAACAUUUCCUGUUCGUCGCACGAUUACAGGCCAUUUCAAUUAACUGCUCGGCCUUGAAUCACAUUAUCUGAACGUAAUAUUAGAUGUUAUUGUUAUUUUACUCAGAGACUGAUUGAAGGACUCAUCGAUGCACCCUGUCUGUUAGGAGCGACUUUAUGCAUACUAGUCUUACGCAUUACCGAUAAUAAGUAUGCAAUGUCCAUAUAGUUAAUAACAACUAAUCAUACUUCUGUAGCUACACUAAUCUUUUAGAGUAAUUAUUAAUAUUCUCGUAGAGUUUGUAAUUAUCUACAAGUAUUCGUUUGAAACGUUGCUUUUUCCGAUUUUAUACGAUUUUCUCGAAAACUAUUACAUUAUAGUAUGUAAACGUCGAUAAUUUUAAGUAUCAUUUCGUAGUUGUAAAUUAUUGUAUCAAAAAAACAUAUUAUCAUUUUCUAUACAAAGUUACCGUGUAUGGGUAGGGUUUACAUUUAUAAUUUUUUUUUAUAAUAUAUAGUAAACACACAUAAAUACAGGGAAAAAAUUGUAUACCUUCAUUAUAAUAUAUAUAAAUACUGUAUGCAAUUGGUGUAUUGGUGUACUUGUAAGUUUUCCUACUUCAAUAUAUAUGUAUAUUAUACGCGAUAUAUACCUGUACCAUACUUUAAUAUCAUUAUGACUUAAAAUAAGAGGUGUCCACGUUGGUAACCGCCUUGAAAAUGAAUCAGUAUCGUAGAUAUACUCGUAUGGUGGUUGUGCCACAACUUUACUAAUAUUACAUUCGUAGCUUUCUAGUCGUCUUGUAGCUAAACGAUUUUUUUAUUUUGAAUUUUUACAGUGUUAUACGCGCUUAAAUAUCAUUCGAUUUUAAUAUAACUAUGUAACUAUACUAUAUAAUGACGUUUGUAUAGUCGUAUAAACAAUAAAAGUACGUUUGUGAAAAAAAAACAUCUUAACUCGGUACGGAUUGUGUUUAUAAAGAAAAAACAUGUUCGCCAAUACGGAUCAACAACAAAUUUGGUGUCUGGAAAGAUCGUUCUAUGUCGGGUAGGUUUUUUUUCUUUUUAAAUAAUUUUUAAGAUUUUUUUUAUUAAAAAUUGUCUAUAUUAGUUAUUGAUGAUAAUGACAGCGUGUAGAAUUUAUUCGUUCUUAAAAUAUAGUUUUUGUUAUUCGUCUAAAUUAUUAUUAUUAUUUUUUUUUUGUAAGUAGAUAAAUAUAAACUUAAAUUUCAAUACUAUAACUGCAGCAUUAUAAUUUUUGAGUUAGGUAUACUUGGAAAUAUAAUGUAGACUAUACGCAGAUAUUGAAUUGUAGAAAAAAAAAAGAAUAUAAUCAUCAGUUAAGAGUAUAUUAAAAUAUUAAUAAAACUAAAAACUAAAUAAUAUUAUAUCAUAAUAUAAUGUCAAGUCUAGUGCAAAAUUAUUUUUCGAAUAGGUAAAGGUUUUCGUAAAUUUGUUUAGACGAUUCAGGAUUGAGCAGAAUAUACGAAAAACAAAAUAAAAAUUAAUUUAUAUACUUAAAAUUAUUUUAUUAUAAUAAUUAUAUAUUAUAUGCGAACUCAAUGUAUUAUUUUAAUUAUAUUAAAUUUAUUUCAAUAGUAAUAUUCGAGAUUUUUCCUUGUUGCUAAGGUACCCCAGAAAUCAAUAAAGAUUCAAAUAUCAAAAAAAAAUAAUUGACUUACGAGGUGAACUGCUGAAAAUGUUGAUAAAUGUUCCAAAUUAAGAACUCAUCGAUUAGAAGUUCUGCCCUUUUUGAGGUCUUGCGUAAAUUAGUUGGAAAGAUGCUUCCACACAAAAUGUUAAAAAACAAAAAAAAAAAUAUUGAGAAUUUCAAUACAUUUUUUCACAUUUUUAAAUUUAUGAAAUCAAUAAAUCCAAUGAUUUUUACUAACUUAACGGUUAGUGUUUUCGGAGAAAAACAUCUUUGUAAAACUAAUAACGCCUUCUUAUAUUUAGAAUCUAAAAUAAUAUAAUUUUAUUAUUAUUAUGUUCAGUAUAGAUUUCUAUUAAUUUUUUUGAGAAUACACUGUAACAUCCUAUGCAUGGUAUAUUUGUUUAUCUUUCACAUAUGGUUCAUAAACCAUAAUAAUAGAAAAUAGAAACGAAUCGUGUAAAAAUUAAAUUAAAUUAUUAUUACAAUAUGAAAGUAAAACGCUCAAAAUUAAAAAAAAAAAAAAAAGUGUAAGUCGUAAGAAAAUAUUGUGAAUAUUUUCGGUAAUGAAAAUCACUGAAAUAAAUAAAAUGUUAAUUAUUAAUAUUAUGGCUUUAGUGGCAUAAGUGGUAUGAAUUGGUUAUGAUAAUGAUAUAAUGAUAUAUUAUAAUAACGAUGUUUUUAUUUUUUUGAAAACGUUUGAGAUAAUAGUACGCAGUAUAUUUCAAUGAUUUUUUUAACAAAACGUUGAGAGUAUACGGCAUAUAAUAUUAUGUAGUAUGGGAACAUCAAUGAUUAAUAACGAUAUUACAGUGAAACUUAAAUUUCUUUCAUAGGUAUUAUACACAUAGUAGGUAUGUAUAAGAACCAAAGGGCAAGUAUUUUACGCAAUAGCCAAGUCAUUAGAUACGAAAAAUAAAUAAAAAGUCAUACAUCAUAGGAUACUAUAAAAAAUUAAAUAUCUACAAGAAGAUUAUUUUGUAUAUACUAAAUAUAUAAAAAUAUUAUGUUAUAUUUGGCUAUCAUGUCAUUUUGUAUAGCGUUAUAAUAAUAUUGUUGAUAUUAUUAUAAUUUUAUUAUAUAUACGUGCAUAAUAUAUAAUGAGUGAUUUAUAAUAUAGUAAUAAAUCUUAAUUGUCGCGUUGCUAUUGCCAAUAAAUAUUUAAAUUACUCUCGGAAUCUUAAAAAAAAAAAAAACUUGAAAGAACUUGAAUUAUAUUUAAAUAUUAUGUUGUAUCUAUAAUAGGAUGUGGCACGUAGAGAGUUUGUUUAUUUAUUUAAAUUUCAUAUUAUAAUAUAUCCUUGAAUAUCUAUUGCAAUUACAGCAGCGAGACACACGUGUGUUUCGCCGUCCGCGCAGUUACCAGAUUAGGUAGGUAUACUAAAUUUACGGCUCAACUUCAUAAAUAAUCAGCAGUCCGUAUUUUUAUAUUAUUUUUUUGUCGUAUUUACACAUAAUUAAGCAUUUAUAAUGUGUUUUUUUAUUUUUAUCAUAACGCCAGUGACGAAAUUCUGAAUAAUUUUUCGAAUACAUUUAAGAGGACGUGGUACACAUGCAUGUUUUGUUGUUUCCGUCUUACAAAUGCAUGAUAUAGUUAAAACAUGUUUACGAAGACUACACAGAACUCGCCUGAUUUUGGUUUUAGAGUGAAACCACCUAUUAUAAAAUCAAAAGAAAACAAUAUUCCGAAGGGCGAGACGCUACAUGUUUUCCAGUUUUCUGAAUAUAAUAUUCAAUUUACCUUUUAUAAUUAACGACUUUUUCAAAAAAACGCAACGGCUAGCCCUCCGGAAUAUUGUUCUCUAUUAAUUUUAUAAUAGGUGCUUUUACUCUAAAACCAAAACUAAGCAAGUAGUCUGCGUAAGCAUGUUUUUAUUAUAUCUUGUGUUUGUAGAACGGAAACAACAAAAUAUGCAUUCAUAACGUCCUCUUAAAAUAGGUAGUUAGAUAUAUUCACUGGUAUUCUAUACAUUUGAACACAUUAAAAAUAAAUAAAAUAAUUGAAAAUCUUUCCAUUCGGAUCCUUAAUAUUUUCACUGUCUUGCUGUUAUCUUUGCGCACAGUCCAUUGUAGUAUCAGCUUUAUGAUGGUAUCUAUGUAUGAAUGAUAAAAAGCCAAGGGAAAGAAGGCGUCUUCGCCGGAACGACUGCGUAAGGAGAUGCGGUUGUAGAAAUUAACAAGCCAGAUUAUUUCAGAUAUGAAUUUUGACUUUGAAGGACGCUGCCCAAAAAAAAAUAAUAAUAAUAACGUUAUUACAUUAUGAUUCUCAUUCAAACGAUGAAAUAAUUAUCCAAUGUCAAAACUCGUGUCUGUAUUCAUGAGUGAAGUUCUAUACUAUUAUGUUUUGGAGAUCUCGUUCCAUACACUUCGAUACAGAAUAAAAUAGAUUUGAAAGUAUAUUAUGUACAUUCGAGCUUUUAAUAACAUGCAUGAAUAUUUUAUCAUAUAAAGUAGUGUUUUCUAAAACUGGGGGGCGUGAAAACAUUACUGAAGGCACAAGCAGUCAUCACGAAGUAAAGUUUAUAUUUAAUAAAUUAUUUUUGUAUUAGAAUGUAGGGAAAAAAUUAAAAAUUAAUGAAGUCCGGUUAUCGAGUGUCAAUAAAGAUUACGAACAAGGCCGUAUUUAGAUAGAGGCGACAAGGGACAGUUGCCCGGGCGGAUUAAAUUUUUUAUAGAGGUUGUUUGUAAAGAUGUAUUUGCUUAUCGACCUUUAUACGAAUAUUAUAUUAUAGAAAUCUCGAUGACCUUUUUUGUUUGUUUUUUUCUCAUUAUGUUUUUAAGAGAGAGUGGGCGACAUUUUUAAAAAUUUUCUAAGGGUGUGUAGAAUAAAAGAGGUUGGGAACCACUGGAUGUAAAGAAUUAAGCUGAUAUUUUGGUCUUUGACCGUCGGCCCUAAACCUUCGAUUGGGUGUUAUUAUGUUAUUUUAUAGUGUUGUCUGUGUACUGUAUAUACGUACAAAUCUGGCGAUUCACUCUAAUAAAAUGUUUUAUUAUUAUUAUUAUUAUGAUUGAAACAAUAUUAUCGCUUUUCACGUUCCGUACAUAUUAUUGUUUUCUUUGUGUUUAUUACUAUUGGCAACCAUAUGAGGCACUUUGCCUAUUAAUCAUACUUUAUCGUCGUUGUUUUAUUUUUUAUAUAUCCGAUAAUAAAUAUUUUUAGAUUCUGAGCUCGGAGCGACCUUUUUUUUGUCUUGUUUUUUUAUUGACAGGAAGACUCGCUCCCAUAGGCGCUACACUGGGGUCGGUUCCUUGUAUAUAGCAAGGCAGGCAUAGCACAUUUUGUCUACAGUCGGAUAGGUAAUUUUUUCGUAUUUAUUGUGGUUUUCUCGAUAUAACGUGAAACGGAUAAUAUUUCGAAGAACAAAAACGGAUGAUAUUUUGUUAAAAUCCAAAUUUUUUUUUUUUUCAUUUCUUUAAGUAUUAACAUUUAAAGUUUUACUGUUGUAUUUAUAUUAUAGAUAGGUAUUUUCAAAAUAACCCCGUGAUUGUUGUAGGCACAAUUAUUGUUUAUUAUUUUAAUUUUCUUCAAUCGCUUACAGUCUAGCAAAAGAAAUGGACGAAAAGCGCGCGGCGGCUUUGGGAUUUCCACAGCCCACCAAGGACGAUCGGCAUUUGUACGGAGACAACGCGACCGUUUCGUCGUCGGUAUCGUCGACGGUCACUGACGAGCCCGAAACGGCGCAAACGCCGUCCGCUUCCGGAGGACAAUGGCAACAGAAUUCGACGGAAGACACCGAAGGACAGUACGACUUUGUGCCGCAUUUCCAACGAGUUACCAUUGGCGGGGAACACAACAGCGGGGUAAUAUAUAAAUAUUGUAUAAUAUUUCCGAUCAAGUAUGAGUACCUGAUUAUAUAAUAAUACAUAGUGUACUCGAUACGAGUUACGACGACAAUAAUAUUUUAUUUUAUCGCAGCGCAGCGCAUGCCGCAAAGCCCAUAAUUUUAUUAUUAUAUCCUCGAUUAUUUUUUAAUGUACUAACAAUUAUUAUUAUAUUAUAUUGUAUAUCAAGGCUGAGCUAGUCCGUAUAGCGAAUAAUAACAUUAACUCGGUUGAAUUAAGUAAUUUGUUCGUAAAAUUAUUAUUGUGUCGUGUUAUAUUAUAGCGAACACGAUUAAUAACCAGUAGAGUUUGCCAUUUAUAUUAAAUUGUCCCUAAAGUCGAAGGACUAAACAUUUUUUUCAAUCGAUUAUUUAAUAAGAUAACGAAUGCCAUGUACAUGCGCUUAUACAAUACGACAAAAAAAAAACCCCGUUUCAAUUACGUGCCGAUAUCGAUUCGUUCUAUAUUUGCUUAUUCGUAUUACCGUACACGUACCUUUGGAAUUUUCGUGGUUUUUUUUUUCUUAUCAUAAGCGUAUCGUAUAUGCAAAUCGUUGAUUUCGGGUCUUUCUGAUAAUAUUAUAGAAAUAAAAAAAUCGAACGAAACACGAAUUCCACGAUUUUUGAUUUUUUUUAUUAUUAUUAUUUCGAAGUUAUCUGCUACAAUUCUUUUUUCUUUCCGUAUAAAUUAAUUUCCACAAUAUGUUAUCAUAUAAUGUAGACUGUUUAAAUAGGCGCACGAAUAUGCGAUUUAAAAAUGUUUACCGAUAUUUUUAAAACGGAUAAGAUGACUUUUUUUUUCUGCUUUGUUAUUCGCUUAUAUUACCGGUGGCGCAUUGAAUUAUUAUCGUGUCUAUGUAAACACGAUCUGAAUGCCUUAAAAAUAUGGUGCGUGCCUAUUAUUGUUAUAAUUAUCAACAGUAUACAGUUGAUGAUUUUCCACUCGCAUAAAUAGGUCCCUGUGGAAGACUUGCACUGGGCCUCGCAACAGCUGAUGGAGGCCUUGCACAUCAGAGAACGGUACAUGCGAGUGUCGCAUCAGCCGUUCCCAACGAUCACGUCAAAAUUUUUCCACAAGAAGCAUCCCAAGUCGCACGGCGAUCCGUCGUCGCCGUCGUCAGGACACGCUGCGUCGUUCCAGUCGACCGACAGCGCCACGGACGUGAUAGCGGCCGACCAGGGCAACAACCGUGCGGAAAUCAGGCAACCGUAUCCCAGGGCCCGUGUGAUAAAACAUGAAGACCGUCAGUCGAUCGCCGGUGAGUAACCCGAUUUUAUAUUAUUAAGACCGCGGGGUCAUCGCCACGCGUUCUAAUUUUAAUAAUAAUAAUAAUAAUUUGUCUUCUUCCUCUUCGCUUUCAUCAGCCAUAUACUCUUCUCCUCAUCCUCUACAUCUCUCCAUCUAUAUAUAUAUAUAUAUACAUCAAUCAUCAUCAUCACAUCUUCAUUAUUCAGAGUCGCAGAAGCCUACGAAAACCCUCGAAUUAUCGAGCAUUCGAAUCGCAACUAAGAAGUUUGAAGUAUUGCGAAGAAAAUUAAAAUAACCUACUAAAAUGUUUGCAUCUUCGAUAGUACGCGCUCUAAUAUGCCAAUUUUAAUUCUUUUCGGUCUAUCUCUUUCCCGGCUUUCAUCUGUAUAAUAAUAUUAUACUUAAAUCCACCGUUUUUAUUUCUAAUAUAAAUGAUAAUAAUGUUAUAAUGUAUUAUAAUGUAUUGAUGUCACGACGGUACUUACGAAUUAAAAAUAAAAUAGAUACAAUUUUUUAAUAUUGUGCAUAAAAGAAAUAAUUGAGAAAUAUCGUCGGGCGUGUGAGAAAACGAUUGCACAUAAUGUUGUCAUGUUAUUAUAUAUAAAAUAUAUGUAUACGAAAUGAUACGAUUUUUCAACCAAGUUUACGUAGGUACUUAUGUAAAAUAUAUUAUAAUUAUAUUGUAUGAUAUUUUAUUUUAUAAAUCUGUGUGUGUGUGUGUGUGUGUGUGACAGUGGCGGUUUUUAAAGGAAGGAUUAAAUUAAUAUAACAUGUAUGAUAUUUACUUAUUAUUUGAAAAAUGACUGUUGUGUGUUAUAUGCGUAUGUAGUAAUACACACUGUGUAUAAAGAAAUACGCAAGAAGGUGUACAGAAAAAGAUUUUGAAAAAGAAAAACCCGAGAAACGACGAUGAUAUAUUAUAGUCGGGGGGGGGAGGGUAUUGACGAGAUAUGCUAGAGGUAAAGGUACUUAGGAAAAAUGAUUAUUUGUGGAGUGUGAAGUGUACGAGGAAUGACGAUUGUGAUAGAUAUUGUUAGACCGACUGGUAUUGUUAUGGUGCGGUGGACGAUAAUAAUAGUGAAAAAAUCGGUCGUCGUUCCUCCCGGUUAAAGAAAGCCACCACUGAUGUGUGUCUAUGUAUUAUUGGUAUUGCGGCGUUCCAUGAUACGUACACACAUCGUGAUGUAUAUAGAUAUCCGAAAACGGGUCUAUGUUUCUGAUCUAGGAACUCAACAGUCUAGGAAAUCGUCGUAUAACCCGUGGGCCGACCGACGAAGCUCGACCAUGGACGACGCGUUUACCGACCAACUGUUAUUCGACAUUGCGUUCGGCCAAUACGGUGCGUGGUGCGUGCGUGUUUUUUUUUUUUUUUGUCGGGCAUGACGAAAUUUUUAUAAUAAUUAUUAAUAUAAUAAUAUUAUAAAGUUGUCCGAUUUGUGUAUUAUGUGUGCUGGUUUGCUUGCGUACAACGAUAUUUUUGUUUUAUAUAUUUAUAUAUGUAUUUUAUUAAUUUACGAUUAACAUUAAAACCAAAAUAUUAAUAUCACACACUAUACAUAUUAUUAAGGGGAAAAAAAUUAUAAUAAUAUUCAAAUAUUAGUGUGGCGGUUUUCACACCAAAGCGAUAGGUGACUAUGGAUCAGCAAUCGACAGUAAGCAAUAAUAUUGCAGCCGUUAGAUUGUUCUCGUAGAUAAUGAAUAAUGAAUUAAUGAAUAUUCUCGCGCCGAAGUAACAUGUAUUACCGUGUUUCCGGUUGACAUUUAUUAUUAUUGCCAGUGUUUAGCAAUAAAUAGUACAUGUUCGUGUGUAAUUUUGCUUUUUUUCCUUCGUCAGCUGAUGACGACAUGGUUUCUACUGCAUUGCUUCUAAAUGAAAGCUACAGACAAUACGUAUUGUCUGUUGAAUAUUGUUUGUUGUUAGUUGUCUAUUGCUCCGGUGUGAGAGCUGCCCGAGAGUUCUAUAAUGAUAUUAAACAUUCGCAGCAAGAUUAUAGCAAUAGGUAAUAUCGUAAUUAUUCGUAUAGCAUCAGCAAAUUUUUGUUAAUUGUUUUUAUUUUUUUUUAUUUUUUUAUCAACACUAAUAUAUUAUCUAUUUAAUAUAUUUAAUAUAACCGUAUCUAUAUCAAUUAUCAGAUUUACAUUGUGUCGCCUAUAAUCAUAGACUUCAAUACAUCUAGAAGGAGCAAUAGUCCAAAGAACCGGGUAGGGGGAAUGUCGUCGUGAUGGCAAACGGAUCAAGAAGAGGAAUAGACUGACAAGUGACUGAGAUGUAAGAGCCUUAACAAUUCUGGGGUCUGCUCCAACAACACCCUUUGCGUGAUUUUUCACUUUGUACUUCUCCGUAUUUAAUAAAUAAUAGAUAUCAACAAAUGGUCAUGGUAAGAAGUAAAGAAGUCAUUAAUGGGCUGGGGCAAGAUUGACGCAGUCAAAAUCCAAAACCAACCUGAAAAUCACCUAUGAGAUGGGGGGAUAUAUAGUAUAAUGAAUGACAUGAUAGUGUUUGGGGGCGAUAUUAAUACCGGAAGACAUAAAGUAAACUGCCGAUUACCGAAGAAGAAGAAUAAAGAAUGGAUAGGCUAUUACUAUACUAGAUAAUAUAGAAAUGACCUAUCUAUUAUGUAUUAUCUAUAGACGAAUACAAAGUGAACAGUCACUACGGAUGUGGGGAAAAUAGAACUCCAGGUCCCGAGAAUAGUCAUUUUAAACGCUCAGUGUGUUUCUCAUUUAGUUCUCGGGAAAAGAGUUUUCUAUCCACUUCAACACAUCAUUAUACUGAAUGCUCCGUCUACAUGUAUACAUAUAAUUUUAUUAUAGAUCAUUAAACGAAUAGGUUAUAGACUUUUUAAGCGCAUAUAUCACACAACCACCGCGUGUAGUAAAAUUGUAUAGUUUUCGUAUCGUUUUAGUAUCGUAUAUACUAUUAUUAUUACUUUUUUUAUAACACCGCCGCCUCCGCCGCCGCAUAAAUAUUAUAAUAAUCAUUAUUAUGCGAAUAAUUUCCGCACGCUCGUAGUAAUAAUAAUACAUUUUAUUAAACUGUUCGUUAAUAUAUUAUAUUAUAGUCUGUUUUAUAUAACCGGUUUCACCAAAUUCUAGUUGUAAAAUUACAUCGAUUACCAAGUCCGGAUUAAAACUUUUAGAGAGCCCAGGGAUAAACUAUUCAACGAGGCUCUCGUUGGAAAACAAAUAGUAUACAAUUUUUAAAAAUGUUUUAACAAAAGAAAAAUAAUAAAUAAUAUUGACAUCAUAUAGAUCUUUAUUCAAAAGCCAUAUGUAUUAAAUGAAUAAAUAAAUAAAUGUAUUAUUUUUAACAAAGUUACUAGUACAAAACUACUAUAUAAUAAUAAGAGUAAAUCAUCAUCAGAUAACGAAAAAAUAUUAAAAUAUCAAAGUACACAAUUAUUGGGUAAAUGCAUACAUAAAGAACAUACUGUAGUAAAAACUGAAUUCCUUGGGAGUUUGGUGGCCCAGGACUAUGGCCCUCCCUGAACUCUCUUAAUUCGGGCUUGUCGAUUACACUGUAAUCGUUGCACUGUCCAACGUUAGUUUUCGAUAUCACUAUUACGAAAUAAGUUAUUUGAGUUUGUACAACUUGAACCUAUUCAAUUUUUAAACAAAAAUAACUUUUUUUUUUAAAUUUAUAAUAUUGAAAUAAUAAAACCUACGUCGUCGUGCAGUGCUAGUUUUAAUUUUUCUAUGGUGAAAAUUUGAUUUCAUAAUUAAAUCUAUAGUCUGAGUAUUUUUUUUUCCCCGCAAAACAGUUUUUACAGUCGAAUGUACGCCCUUAUAAGAAGAACACACACGAUUUUGAAGGGGUCGCAUUAGCAAUUUAAUCAAAAUCUUUUAAUUAAAAAAACACUAACAUCUAUAAACUCGUCGAAAAUAUGGAAAUUCGCUUUCGAAUAAAACCAAAAGUGGUCCCGUGUAGUCAUUAUCACGAAUGUUUGUUAUUAUGUAUACCUAUCUAAUUAUGCGGAGAUCAUUAUUUAUAUAACUUUAUCAAAACUGUUUUAGUUUUUCUUAAAACACAACCCAAUUUUUAUACAUUUGAACAACUCAGUAUAUCAUGCAGGGAUGUAUACAGAAUACAAUUUUGGGGAGGGGGAAAUUCUUAAGUUAAAAAUUUAACAUUUUGAACUAAAAAACUGUAGUGUAUGAUAACUAGGAAUUUAAAUUUCGGAAGGGAGAUGGUUGAAAUCAUAACCUCCUUCUGUAUUCGCGUCUAAAAUUAUAGAUAUUUAAGUUGUCUAUCAUUUCUUUUAUUAUGAUUUUACAAAAAGAAAAACACCAUGUCUCAAGCGAAAUUUUCUUCUAUUUAUAACCGUUCUUUGAACUUGUAGAAUGAUGAUGAUUAUGAAAACAACAAUGGCACAAUAAACUUUUUUUUUUUUGAGUCAUUGUAAAACAUGAAUACAAUAUUUGGAUGUUGAAAUAUUAUCAGUACUAUAACCAAAUGUGUAUUUUUAAAUAUUACAUACAAAAUUAUAUGAUUAUCUCUAAGAUGUAUAACAAUCUUUCUUCUUUCGAUCUUGUUAAAUAUGAAAGGCACGUAUUGUUCAAUGCAUUUGGUGAAACCGGCCAUCAUGGUUUUUUAAAUUUUUUUAACGAAACCUCGUAUUGUAUACUAUUAUGAUAAUAUGUGUAAGAUAAAAACAUGCGAUGGAAUUGAUUUCUUACAAAAUAAAAAAAAGUUUAAUUUUCAAUUGUUAAUGUAUCUAUUAUAUUAUAUUAUAUUAUAUUAUAUCUAUAUAAUGUAAUAUUUUAUUUGUUAUAUUAUAUUCAACGAACCAAAAGAUAAUCAUCGUCGUACAUAAUAUAUUAUAUUUACGUGUAUUUGUGUAUCUCGCACGCUCUAAAAUUAUUAUUACCUUUUAUAAUAUUACCAUAUUUUCUCGUUUUUGUUUUGUUCACCGAUUAAUUUUUUUUUUUUCUGACAACUAUAAUUAUAUUAUGUUGUCAUACAAAAUAACCGCAUCCUGCUCGGCGAGUCAUCGCGCUCCCUACGGACCUUCAACGUUUUAAUAUUAUACAAAUUAUUAUUGCCUUUUUGUUUUCUAUCCGACAGACCAUCCGGUACAUCCGCCAGCUAGUGUUGGUGACCCAUGGCAGUGCGAAUUUCCCCCUUCGUUGGGUUACACGAUUCUGCCGCGGGACGGCGUGUUUCAAAUGUACACCGACGAGGAUCUUGAACGACCUGUCCAAGGAUUUCCGUAUCCAAAUCUGGAAACGUUUUGCCGAGACAUGCAGAGGCUGUGCACGAUGAUAUCCGACGGGCCGCUGUACGUGUUAUGACAUUUUCGUUUAAACACGUCCAUCCCCAUUUAAUAUUGUAUAGUAGGCAAUUUUUUAAACUAUAUUAUAUGCAAUAAUGUACAGGCACAUAGUCACACAAGUCUAGGAUAUCUUUUUUUUUGUGGGGGAAAUUUCAAACAUAAAAUCACCAACUACCAAUAAUCAGAUUUUUUGGUGAAAAGUUUAAAUUUCGGGGGUUCCAGAUCCUAUAAACCCCUUCAUAUAUAAUUCUCAUAAUUUGGUCUUUUUUACAAUCCCCUGGGCAUUUUAUACAAUGCCCGGGUAUUAUAUAAAAUAGCCACUGUACAUAUAGAUUUUGUAAGUUGUGUACUUGUAAAUUAUAAUUUAAAUAUGUUUUUGUUUGAUAUUUCAGCCAUUUAGGUAUUAAUUUAUAGGUUAAACUGGAUAUUCUGAUUUAUUCUAUCAGAAAUCUUGCUUCGAAGUAUCAAGUGUAGCACUUUUUUUGAAAGGGAAUUUUCCUGGGGUGGUACUCCAAGGCGAUCAUUUUUUAUUUUCCUAAUUUUCCCAAUAAAUGAGAAAAAAUGCACGAAAACUGAGGAAAUUUAUGAAAAUAAUGAUUUUAUAAUUUUAAAUUUUAUUUUUUUGUUUUAUUGUAAUUUAUUUUAAAAUGUUUGUGAAGACUUGACAUUCAGACAGAAAUCUUAUAUUUGUCUUUCCUAGACGUGGUACAAUUUUCAAAAAAUUUGAGCCAUUUUUGAGCUUUUAUUGAUAUUUUAAUUUUACAAGAUUUUUAUAUAAUAUUUAUCCAGUAGGUACUUUGUAGAUGACAUUUUUAGUCUAAACAGAAAUGUUGAAAAAAAAAAAUAAGUUUAAUGUAGUACAUUUUUUUUUUUAUUAGAAUUUUAAUAUCAAAUUUUGACAAAAAAUGUGAAUAUUAUGGCUCUGCUUUUUAAACAUGUGUAACGCAGCUUAGAAUCGUUUUUCAAUAUCAAAAAUUAAUCGGUAUGUACUGAUAUACAUUAAAUUCUUCUCUAUAUCUUACCUUCCCAUCUUCUCACUUACAAUAGUAGCUCAUCCAUUAUGGGAAAUAUGUUCGUCUUUUUUUAUUAUGAGUAUUAAUAAAAUAUGCAUUAGAAAAGCAAUUCACAUCAUGUGAAAUUUCAUAGAUAAUAUGAUUAAUAAUAAUAUUGUUUAAUUAAAAACAUUGUAUUUGUAAAAACUAAAGAUGAUAUAAUAUAAAUUAUAUAAAAUCUGAUUGUGUAAAUUUAUAAUUAAUUCAAAUCAAUACCUAAAUGGCUGAAUAAUUUUUCUAUUAAACUAUUAAGUUAUAAUUUAUUAAACUACACAGAUAAUCUGUUUCUCGAAUUGUAUACUUUGGGCCUUAAAAUAUUUACCUAAUAAUAUAUGUAUACUUUAAUUAUAAUAGUUAAUUAGUUUUUAAAUAUUCAUUACACUAUUAAAAAUAUAUUUGUCUUGUCUUAAUCACCCACCCACUUGAAUUUUGUUUAAGUGGCAACUAUGAAAAUGGUAUAAUAAUUAGAUGAGGAAAAUAACAAAAUAAAAAUUCUUUAAGAAGUGAUACCACUAGCACCCAUAUAAUUCAAUUUAUUUUAAAAACUAUUAUGACAUAGAAUACCUCACUUUUUCUGUAGUUGAAUAACCAAAAUUUCACAAUACUCUAUAAUCUGUACAUUUAUAUCAUAUUUUUUCUAAUGAUUAUGGGGAUAGUUGAGUGGAGAGUUUAUGUCAAUCUAAGGAUUGAAGAACAAUAAACCAAUAAAUAUUUAUUAAAUAAAUAAAAAUAAAUUCAUACAAACUGAAAGUUUAUGACCAGAUAAUUUUAAUUAUGUAAACAAUAAAACAAUGAAAAUUUGUUUUGUAAACAAAUAUUUUCAAAGAUAUUAAUUAAUUAAAAUACUAAUUUAAAAAUUGAUUGUAUGUAUAAAUAUUUAUUUAAAUUAUGUUAAAAUAAAUAUGAAAUUAAUUAUAAUUAAUACCUUCCACUAAUAAUAAUACAAAAUAUGUUUAAAAAUAAACAUUUUAAAAUCUAACAUUUCAGAAAUUAUUCACAAUUUAUAAAAAUUUGGUACAUUAAAAAGAAACAAGAAAUACUUUUUUUAACCGAAAUAUCAAAUUUAAUUUAUUAUAUAUUUAUAAUAUUCUUUUUAGUAAUAAUAUUAUAAUACUAUGUUAAAUAUAGUUCCCCAUUUUCAUACAAUUUAAAAGAUCUUGCCUUGUAUAAAUUAUUACUAUACUAAAUACCUAAAGAUACUUUAAUUGUAAUUACUAAUAUAAACUGUUUAUGUACAACUUUACCAUAGAAAAUCAUUUUGUUACCGUCGGCUGUCCUACUUGUCAUCAAAAUUCCAACUGCAUGUUUUACUAAAUGAAUUGAGAGAAUUGGCAUCACAGAAAGCCAUACCGCACCGGGAUUUCUAUAAUAUAAGAAAAGUAUAUCAAUCUUUUAAAACUUCUCUACAUAACAACCUACCACCAAACUAGUUUAUUUGUAUAUUUUUUGUUAUUAAUAAAGGUCGAUACUCACAUUCAUGCCGCAUCAUGUAUGAAUCAAAAACAUUUGUUAAGAUUCAUCAAAAAAACAUUAAAAAACCAUUCUGAUGAGGUGGUUUCAGCCAAUGGCAUGACACUGAAACAGGUUUUCGAAUCGAUGAAUUUGACAUCUUACGAUUUAACAGUUGAUAUGUUAGAUGUACACGCAGUGAGUUUAUGGAUCAAUUAAAAUAUAAUAUGUUACAUAAAAUAGUGAUUUAAUUUAGUAGAUAAGAAAAAAGUAUUAUCUGGUUUGAAGUAAAAAAAUAAAUAAACAUGAAAUAAUGUAAGCAAAUAAAAUACUCAUUGUAUUGUUUGAUAAGAUGGAUUAGACAAAACACAAUAUUAAUAUUAUAAUUUACAAAUUUUAUAACUAUUGUUGAUGUAUACUAUUAUGUAGGUAGGUUAAAUUUAUUUGAAAGUAUAAAUAGUAGCGCCCAAACAAUGAUUAAAAUGUACCAAUUGUUACUUGUGAGGUGAUAUCUCAAAGGGAAUUUUGUAUUGUAACAAUCAAGUUAUAAUAUGUAGAAUUAUAGUAGUUGCAAGUUGAUACCAUAGUAAUAUAACUAGUUUAAUAGUUUAAGAGUCAAUUUUGUAUUAGGUAGUAGGUACUAUAAUGUUAAGUAUAACAGAAAUUUAGAUAUGAUGUAUGAACUAUGGGGUAGGCGGGUUUGUAAAAUUAGUUUGCUACAUUAGCAAAAUAAAGAUUACAUGACACUAAAUAUAAAUACUAAAAAAAUACAUACCAUAUAUUAUGUAAAAGUAAUAGUUAUACUGCACAUACAUGUAAUAUCCUGAUUAAUUUGAAAGCUUCUUUAAUAAUGGACAAAUAAUAAAUAUUAUAAUUAAAUAUUAAAUUAUAAAUAGGUAUUAUAUUAUAAUAAUGGACUUAAUAAUUAUUUUAUAUUUUUUUUUACAGGAUCGGAAUACGUUUCACAGGUUCGAUAAAUUCAAUGCAAAAUACAAUCCCAUUGGAGAAUCUCGUCUAAGAGAGGUAUUCUUGAAAACGGAUAACCAUAUAGGUGGGAAAUAUUUCGCCCGGGUCAUCAAUGAAGUCGCGGCUGACUUGGAAGAAUCAAAAUAUCAAAACGCUGAACUCCGUCUGUCUAUUUAUGGUAAAAGCCGAGAUGAAUGGGACAAAUUGGCCAAAUGGGCCAUUAGCAAUAAGGUUUAUUCAGACAAUGUACGAUGGCUCAUCCAAAUACCCCGUGUUUUGUGAGUAAUAAAAUAUUAAAAAGAGUAUAUUUAUUUUUCUAAAUUAUAUAUUAUUUAUUACAGCGACAUUUUCAAAUCAAAUAAUAUUUUUGACAACUUCCAACAGUUGUUGGACAACGUAUUUUUGCCACUAUUUGAAGCCACUAAUGAUCCGAAUACUCAUCCAGAUCUCCACAGGUAUACCAUUAUAGUAAUAAAUAUAUUAUGCUUUAUCAAUUUUUUUCAGCCAAAUAUUUCGCAAUUAAAAAAAUAUAAAUUUAUAAGAUUUACUCGUAUUGAAUAUCUCUAUACAUUUUAGAUAUCUAUUUUCUAUUUGUUAACAAUAAUUUCUGUGAUAAAUUGUUUAGAUUUUUGCAACAUGUUGUCGGAUUCGAUAGUGUGGACGAUGAGUCGAAACCCGAAAAUCCAUUUGUUGAUCGAGAUGUUCCUAAGCCUGCACAGUGGACAGAAACUGACAAUCCGCCUUACGCAUACUAUAUGUACUAUAUGUAUGCCAACAUGACUGUAUUAAACCAUCUUAGAAUGUAUGUUACCUACUUAUGUUAUCUCAAUAGAAUAUUAAUUGUUAAAAAUUAAGAGGAUGCUACAUUCAUUGUGUUAGGCAUUUUCGAAAAUAAAAAUCUUAUGUAGAGAUUUCAAAAUAUUUUUUCUGGUCUCAUUGAUUAUGAUUUAGCAUAAAGCAGCCAACGUGAAAAUUAAAGAACACAACCUUAUCUAAGUAACAGUGAUGAAACCAAUAUGACAUUUGAGAAGCAGUUACUUUUCAAUUUUUUUAAGAUUUAGGGAUGUCAGGGUACAAUAUGAAAUUAUUUAUUAAAUAUUAGUAUUUGUUUACUAUUAAUUUAAUAAAAUUAGCUAGGUCAAUGAAUUAUAUAGUGUUAUUUUAGGUUUGUUUUACUAUAAAUCAAAGGAAUAAUAUUAUGUUCACUAAGUUAAACUCUAAUUUAUUAAUAAAUAAAAAAUAGUUGCUGACUUGUGUUAAUUUUAUUACUUUUAAUAGUAAUAUUUUUUUCAUUUCACUAACGAACAUAAUGAUUUGCACAAAUUUUGUGAUUACACAAUAAAAAUUGGGUGAUAAUGCGAGAUAUGGAAAUAUUUUUAAUUUGUUUAAAAGUAUAUUUGAAUAUUCUUGGGCUUACAUUUUAAUUUUUUUCCAAAGUCGUUUAAAUUGCCUUUAUGCAACCCCUUAAAUAGUGGAAGUCUUGACCUAUGCAUUUUUCAUGGCAUAUUGGCCUAAUGAUAAAUUAUUAUUUUGUAUACUUUAUCUAUUAAUUCUUCUCUAAAGGUAUUUAUUAUAACUGCAUCAUUAUAUGUGUUUUAUUUCCCACAGUAAACAGGGUCUCAACACGUUCGUAUUGAGACCUCAUUGUGGCGAGGCAGGAGCUGUACAGCAUUUGGUCUGCGGAUUCAUGAUGGCAGAGAACAUAUCACACGGACUUCUGCUGAGAAAAGUACCUGUGCUACAAUAUUUGUAUUAUGUAGCCCAGAUUGGUAUAGCUAUGUCGCCACUGUCAAACAAUUCACUGUUUUUGAAUUAUCACCGGAACCCAUUGCCCGAAUACUUGGCCCGAGGCCUGGUUGUCAGCCUAUCCACCGACGACCCGCUACAGUUUCAUUUUACCAAGGUGAACAAAAGCCAAUCAACAAAAGUGUUGUCCCUUUAAUUAUUAAUUCAAAGCCCCUAUUUUAGAUUCUGAGCAAAGUGAGGAAUGUAAUUUUGUUUAUAAAGACUAUAUUAUCAUUUUAUGAGGCUUAAAAAUACAUUUUAACGAAGCAAAAUUUUUAUAAUAUAUUAUAUUAUAAAAGUGGUUGAUAACUACUGCAUAUACUAUAAUAUUCAAUAAUAAUAUGUACAAUAAUAAUAAUAAUUUAUAUUCAUACGUAUACGAGGUAUGGCUAUUAAAUAACGAGACUGCUCGCCUAGAAGGCACUCUAUGGGGUAGUAAAAAAAAACGAGUAAUGCGUUGGGUAUCUAGAUAUCUUAUCUAUGCACGUACCAAAAAACGUUUUCGUCACUAUUAUAGUAUUUGUGCAGUAGUGGUUUGAAACGAACGUGUUUUUUUCUCAUGCCGAAAACCAUGUGUGACAAAAAACAUGAGCAACGGAUAAACGUAAAAUUUUCUUGUUAAACUAAAAAAAAACUCCAACUGAGUGCUAUAAGUUGUUAAGUGAGGAUUUCCUAUCUCAGUCGUGUGUUUUUGAGUGGUAUAAAUUAUUUUCUGAAGGUCGAGAGUGCACCGGAAUCCAAUUCAGUUGUAAUCCAAAUUCAAAACCAUUUUCUUCGAUAUCAACGGCAUCGUGAUGACUGAAUGGGUUCCAGAGGGUCAAACUGUGAACCAACAUUACUAUUUGACAGUUUUGGCAACGAAUUGCGUGAAUGAGUUCGUAAGAAACGGUCGAUAUUGUGGAAAAACAAGUCGUGGAUCUUGCACCAGGAUAAAGCGUGAAUUGUUAUUUGGCCGCUUAAGGCACUCCAGUACUCGAACACACGUCUUACUCACCCGACUUGACACCCUGCGACUUUUACUUGUUUCCGAAGAUAAAGUCUGCGUUAAAAGGAAUCUGGUUUGAGUCGAUGGAAGAGGUGAAACAAAAAUCGGCGGAACUCCUGAAUGGUCUUACAAAAACAGACUUCCAGUAUUGCCUCGAGCAAUAGAAGAAACGAAUGAAACGGUGUGUGGCGAGGGGAGGGGAGUAUAUUGAAGGGGAGCAUUUGAAUGUAGAAUAACUUUUAUAAUAAAACACUUUCAUCACCAGUCUCGUUAUUUAAUAGCCACACUUCGUAUAUGAGAAAUAAUUAUAAAAUACAGAAUAUUUUUCUUACAAAUCAGCAAAUAAUCUAAAAGUCUUAACAAUUUGUUUACCAAAAUCUUCCUCUUCGAUUGUAAAUCAUACAACUAUACAAGUAAAUAGGUACUCUUAAUUUCUAUUAUUUUAUUAUAUUCACCAUUUGUUUUAUACAUAUAUAAUCAUACAUACAACUAUAAAUGCCCCACAUUACGGGAAUUGAAAGAAUUACUUAUCCAAAUUUAACACUAAUAGUUGUGCCUUUGGUUUAAUAUAUUUAUACUAUAUUUUGUAUAAUAAAAUGUAUAUAAUAAUUAUGUACAAAUCGUUUUAAAUUGAUUUAAUUUUUCAAUUUACAGGAACCGUUGAUGGAGGAAUAUUCUAUCGCGGCUCAAGUGUGGAAGUUAUCUCCUUGUGAUAUGAGUGAACUAGCCCGAAACUCAGUACUGAUGUCUGGAUUUCCUCAUAGGGUAGGUAUACCUACCUAUAUUAAUAUUAUUUUGUUAUUUGAUGUUUAAUUGUUUAAUGAAAUACACCAAUCUCCAAUUAUGAUAAAGACUAUAAAGUAUACUUAUGGGUAUUAUAGAACAAUAUAAUGUUGAAAUAAAAUUUAAUAUUGAUAAUAUUUGGAGGAAAACAAUAUGACACACAUUGCUCCGUAUAAGUGGUUUUGCGUAACAAAUCGUGAAUUAUUUUCGAAUCAAGUUUUGACAUGAGUUCACAAAAUAUAAAGCCACUCUGAUUAGGAGUAAUAUGCAAAUUAUCUAAAUGUUUUUGAAUUUUCUUUACAGAACUAUUGAAGGCUUUUGAAAUAUCUCUUUAUCAUAGUAUAGAUUAUUUAUAUUUUCAAUCUGUAUCAAUGUUGGAUGUUAUUUUUUUCAUGAAAUAUAGAUCAAGCAAUACUGGCUGGGACCCAAUUACACUAAGGAAGGAGUGGCUGGAAACGACAUAUCCCGAACCAACGUACCGGAUAUCCGGGUGGCAUACCGUAACGAAACACUAUUGGACGAAUUGGCAGUCAUAUUUGGCACCAAAACUACUACAAACACAGCAGUUAUCCCGAACACCGCUGCCAAAGUGAACCUUGUAACACCGCCCAGUAGUAAUUAAUUUUACAAAGGAACCCAAACAUAUUAUUAUUCAACAUUAACGACAUUAAUUUUAUCAUUAUCAAGAGUUAUAUUACAAAUUAUUAUAUAUUCAAUAUUAUAUUCCAUAUUAAUUGUAAUAUUACACAUAACAAACUAUUUAUUAUUUUUCAAUAAUAGUCAUAUUAUUAUUAUUACUUAUUUUAAUUUUCUCCCUUGCCCCAUGAACCCAAUUAUUUAAACUUAUAGACAGUUUUACCUAUUGAUUUGUUUCUCUAUUAAAUUUUUCAUAGCUACCAAUUGGUCUGUAAUUUGUAAUACCUAAUAAUUAUUAUUCUAGUAAUCUUAAUUGUUUAUUAUAUUUUAUUUGUAUUAUUAUGUAUAGGUAAUGAUAAUAUUAUGUGAUACAUACAGAUCUACUAUUUCAACCUAUUCAAAUUUUAUUGUAAUAUUAUAUUCUAUAUAAUCCGCCUAGUUAAAACUCAUGUGAAAAAAAAAGUACUGACAAAUAUUAUUAACACACACACAUACAAUACUUAAUUUUUAUUAUAAUAAAAUUAGAGGCCUAUUACUCUAUUGGUAUAGUAGAAGUAUAAUGUUUUUUUUUUACUAACUUUUUGUGUCCAUACAAUAAUAUUUUUAAAUACCUUUAUAUAGUUUAUUAUUGAUAAUUUAGAUAAUAUAUUACGUGAUAUUAUAAUAUUAUAUUUCUCUUAUUUUUAGAUUUUCAAAAUAAUACAUAUUAGUAAAUAAACUUAGUUUUUCAUGUGUCAAAAUAUUCAAUAUACAAUAUAC